AUGGAAAGAGGGAGGAAGAUCGAAGGAAGAAAUGGCUGGGGAGAAGGACACCCACAACAACACAGAAGCACGUUGAAUCCUCAGAACCCAGGAAUCAUGGAAAAUUCACAAAACAGCUCUGUAUUCCUUGAUAUGUUCUUAGGUAAAGCUAAUUAUCAUUAUCAAAAUGUAUUUCAUCAGCAACAAGGAAUCAAACUCUCACAAGUUCUCCUAGAACCUCACUACAUAUUACAGUGGUGCCCUGCAAGACGAAUGCCUCGCAAGACGGAAAACCCGCUAGACGAAAGGGUUUUCCGUUUUCAAUGCGCUUCGCAGGAUGAAUUUCCCUAUGGGCUUGCUUUGCAAGACGAAAAUGUCUUGCGAGGCUUGAGAUUUUUUUCCCGCUCCCCCCCCUUUUUCUAAGCCGCUAAGCCUUUAAUAGCCUUUUAGCAGCUAAUCCGCUAAGCCGCUAAGACUUUAAUAGCCGCUAAACCGCUAAUAGUGCUAAUCCGCUAAGCCGCUAAUAGGGUUGCUUCGCAAGACGAAAAAACCGCUAGACGAAGAUACUCGCGGAACGGAUUAAUUUCGUCUUGCGAGGCACCACUGUACGUAUGUUUCUCCAUCUGGAGAUAACCUUGGAUGCUGAUCUAGUUACUUUGUUUUAGCUCUUACAGACAUUUGAAUGCUUUAUUCUGUGCUUGUUACUCUUCACUGUUGAAAGAAUGGUUCAUGCAUGCACACAUUAAUCAUUUGGGUGGUGAAUUAUAUGUGUAAAUGAGCUAUCAAAGUUCAGACAUGAUUAUAAAUUUGUACAGUAUAGCCCCAUGUUCGCAGCCUUUUCCAAAAACCCACAAGAAAUUGGAUCAGACCAAGAUUCCACUUAGUGUAGCAUUCCGUUUCCAACAGUGGAAGGUACUUAUGACCACUGAUGUAGUUUCACUGUUAGGUGAAGGACACACUUCUUUGCCCAGACUUUUUGAGCAGGGUGAGGUGUAUUGUGCAUUUGAAUUUCUGUCACUGCUGCUACUUUAUGUCUGAAUUUUGUUUUAUGCUGUUUUAGCUUUACUGUUUAAUUGUGGUUUAGAUCAGGGGUAGCCAAAUGGAUGGUUUCCAUGUGUUUUGGAGUAUGUUUCCUGUAACUCCUGAGCAUUAGCUGUGCUGGCUGGGACUGAUGGAUCUUAGAAGGGCACCUCGUUGGCUACUUUGGUUUACAUUGUGUAUAUUCUGGAACUUGCAUGUUAAGGGUAGAUCCUCCCACUAUUAUUUUUAUUUAUUUGUGCAUUCAAUUGCUUUCCCAACCCUUCCUCUUAAAGUAGCUCAGGGGAGCAAGCAGUGAAACAGUGCAACUAUACAAAUAAAAACAAACAGUAAAUCAAACAAAAUAUUUUUUUUUAAUGCACCUCAGUGCCAUGUUGCAUGGAGCUGCAUUAUAAACAAGGGACUUACAGUGUGGUGUUCCAUACAUUGGACUUCAUGAGCAUCAUUAGCUUUUGCACCAGCUUGCAAAUGCAAGAGGCUGUAAUGUGGAUCCAGUCCUUGAGAUCAAUGCUUUGUCUUCUAUCUUGGUUAUGUCUAUUAGCUACUGUUCCAGUUUGAAGGGCAGGGAACAGGAAAUAGUGGUUCCUGGGAUGGUGGUGACACUGGGAAAGAGAUGUGAGAGUUCUGAAAGGAUCCUAGAGCUCUCCUACCUCCUUUCUAAAGCUGGAAAAGUGCUAAGUAGCCUUUGGGAAAGAGGUGAGAGGACUCUGGGACCUGUCAGAGCCUUGAUGCCUCCUUCCCAAUGCCACCACCAUCCCAGGAACCACUAUUUCCUGUUCCCUGCCAUGUCUGGGGCUACCAAAAAAAGGCCAUGUGAGGUUGGACCACCCUGUUUUAUUAUAUGACAUGGACGUGACAGCCUAUGUCCCCAUAAGUAAACCCUACUUUUUUCAUUGUGUUACUCCCAAGUAAGUUUGUUUAGGAAUGCAGCCAUAGUCUUGGAAACCAAUAAUAAUUUCUCUUGGGUCUUCAUUCUGCUUGAAGGAGAAAUGAGAACACCUAGGGGCUAGGCCAACCAAUGUUAAUGCAAGCAUUGUGUUUUGUCUCUCUUCCCUGCAUGCAUCGCCUGAGUUUUAUUCUGAAAGAAGCCACAAUUCGUUCACAUGAGCAGCCUUAUCCAUAUGGCAUUGUGCUCUCUACCUAUUCAUUCUCAGCAUAGUCUCCUCCUUAGAUUUAAUUUUCACAACAUUGUUCUUAUCACAAACUUUUUUGAAUUGUUUUCUGCACCCAAGUGUUUGACUUACCAAUAGAUCUCAAUUUUACUCAAGAGCUCCAUAACUAGCAUUAUUUUCCUCAUCCAUUUUUAUGGUGCUUCAGUAAGAAAAUGAGCAUGAUUGUGACAGGCUAACCUCUGCUUAUUUCUACCUUUGCCAACUCUAAAAACGUGUGGAUCUUAUCUAAUGAUAAAUUCUUUUAGUAAAAGCAGUCGCUUCUUCAUCUAUUCCAUAUUGCUUCAGGAUAUACCUUUUUGGAAGUUGGAACACUUCUUUCCAACAUGUUAUUUUCUUCUUUAUUUUUCUGUAUCUGUUCCUUAAAUAUCAGUGCCCCUUCUCUUCAGAUUGUUUUAGCUGAAUGUUUGAAUGUGUUACAGAACCAUAAAGAACACCUUACCAAAAAUGAGUCACCAUCCUUACGGAUAAGACCUUAUUUUCAGAUCUUACUGCAGAAUUGUUGAAACUGUUAAGCAUGUAAGAAACUUCUGGGUGUGAUAUGUAUGGGGUAUAAUUUUUUUUUUUAUAAAAAAAUCAUGAUCUUGAUAAUUUGCUAAAUGCUUAUUUUGAAGUUUUAACUUUCUAAUUUCCCCCCAAUUCUGUUGGAGUUGUGGACCAUUAUCUAGCUAAAAUUGAAUACCCUUAAAUUCUAAGCACACUCACCUGGGUUUGAAGCCCAUUAAAUUGUGGUAUUUCCAAGUAAACAUAGAUCAUGGAUCAUAGAAUUGUAGAGUUGGAAGGGACCCCAAGGGUCAUGUAGACCAACCCCCUGCAAUGCAGGAAUUUCAACACACAGUCCCCCAUCCAAUUUGAAACCAUGCCAAACACUGCUUAGCUUUGCAAACAUGCUAGCAGUUUUAUUGCUGCACCACUAGGGUUAUUAUGGUUGUGAUUGUGCUGGUUCCAAUUGGAGAGGUGAGGUGCGAAUUAAAUAGAUGAGAUUUUAAAGAGUUUUAGGUGAACUGUGCAAAUUGUUUGCGACUCCAAGCAACUGCUACCUCAUAUCUAGCUGAACCACCAAAACACUAGCUGCAAAUUUUCCUCUGGCAUUUUCUUGCUAUUAAAAAAAAUAGUUUUAAUUAAAAAGGGUAGCUAAGAUCAGGAAGUCUAUAAUGAGAUGAUAUAAUUAUGAACUCAAUAUACACAGUUUUUGGUUUUUUUUUUACUUCUUAGGCAUUCUGUUUGGGUUAACUAUGCAUAAUCGAUUGCUUAAGAGGAAUAACAAGGACUAUACAAAAUGCCCUGUGGGUUUGCUCCAGUUACAGUUUUUGGUCUGCUUACUAUAGAAGCUAAACCAGAGAGGCAGAGGCACGAUGCAACCCAAAGCUCUUGGGAGGUGAAGGGCAAAUUAGUUUUCCUGCAUGGAAAAAUGUCUCAAACUUUUAUGACAUUUCAGUGUCGUAUUAAGCCAGCAUGUGUUGCCGCUUUUUGUAGUUAAUUCAAAUGAAUAAUUUUGUAGGAGCCAGGCUUGUAAUCCAAACAAACAUCUGCUUCCAAUAAAACAUUGACAUUGUCAGAUAUUUCCUAUUUAUUUAUCUAAAUCGUAUUUAUUAAUUAAUUUAUUAAAUUUCUAUACUGCCCUUCAUCCAAGGAACACAGGGUGGUUUACAAUAUAAAAACAAUAAAUACAUACCAUAGGAAUAAACAAUGUCUGUACAGUUUUAAUUAGCCAAGCCUGCAAGAAUAGGAAUGUUUUCUUUCUGGAGGUUGUUUAUGUGUUCUUCUUGUAACUUGUUUUUUUCCCCUCCAGAGUGGAGAAUAGGAACGUUUUUUUCCUGUUUAAUGUUUAAUAUAUAUAUCUUUAGGUAAAGUACUUACUACUUACUUACUAAUACUGUCAGGAGCUUUCUGUGGCCAUUUCCUGUUUGAUUUGUGGUCUCAUGUAUAAACAGAAGCUGCAAAACAGGUCCAGGCAUGGUUAUCAGUCAUUAUUUUCUAAUAGCCUGCUGGAAAUCCUAAUUCCACUACAGUAUGGCAUGCAGCAAUAAAAUUGGGUAGACCUUAUUGUCAGAAGCAAAAGCCAAACCCACAACUUCAUAUGCAGAGUUUGGUUUGUACCAGAAAAUGUACAUUUUUUUUAAAUUAAAAGCUAUAUAAUUACCGUACAAAAGGCCAGAAUGAUGACUUUACAUUAAAAAAGUGAAUCUGCAGCAAAACGUUGCUGUGUAGAAUUCUGCUACUCAAGUUUAUGUCUGUCAGUAUUUCAUGUCCACUGAGUGUUUUCAGUGCUCAUUGUGGUGUUUUGGGCAGGGGUUGUACUUCUACAAACCAGGUUUCCUUGUGUCUUCUGAUACCUAUGCAGAGUUACAUUGGAAUAAACCCUGUUAAAUCAGUGGGACUUUCUUCAGAGUCCAUAUGCACAGGAUCCCGAUCAACCUGUUUCUAAUUUAAGGGAGCUUGCUGAUUAGGAACGUAAGACUCAUGUUGCUGAUUAGACCAGAGACCCUCCAGAUGAUAAUAGACUCCAGUUGCUAUCAACUCUAGCCAGCAUGGUUGAUUCAUUCUUGAGAAUGAUGAGAGCAACAAAUCAAGAGCCUUAGUCCUACCUUCACAGUAGCCAACCAGAUGUCUAUGGGAAGCCCAUGAGCAGGACAUUUGUAUAAAGUAGACCUAAUAUUUGCAGAUAACCUGCAAAUAAUCUACCAUAGUCAAUGCUACUGUUCAGAGAUUUAGACUUUUUCCUUGUGGUUGCUUAUUUGGGAGCAAGUACCAUUAAACUCAUCUGGGUAUCCAGUUGUACAAUUGAACUGUAUGUGAAUUAAAAAUCUACACUAGAUUUGUUAUUCAGGAAUUAUUCAGGACACCAGCUAAGUGGCAUGCUAUAGCCCUCAUUAUAACUUUUUGGCUGUUCCCUGUGCCAGACAUGCAGGCAGCUUCUUGUAGUGGGCUGCUCUUCUAAAGAGCAUUAUGUGUUAGCAACCAUAUGUGUUCUGUGACACUUCAUUCUCAGGGUUCUGCCUCCUGCCAGCCAGUGCUGGGAUAAAUGGCACAACCUGUCUCCUCAGAGGACCCAUCUCAACUCUGAGCAUGCUGCAAAACCUUCAGUUAUAAUAUAUACCGUAACUUAUAACAUACCGUAUUUUUCUCUCUAUAAGACGCACCAGACCACAAGACGCACCUAGUUUUUGGAGGAGGAAAACAAGAAAAAAAAUAUUCUGAAUCUCAGAAGCCAGAACAGCAAGAGGGAUCGCUGUGCAGUGAAAGCAGGAAUCCCUCUUGCUGUUCUGGCUUCUGGGAUAGCUGCGCAGCCUGCAUUCGCUCCAUAAGACGCACACACAUUUCCCCUUACUUUUUAGGAGGGAAAAAGUGAGUCUUAUAGAGCAAAAAAUACGGUAUAUGGCUUUGUAGUCUCAGAUUAUGCUGAAAAAAUAGCUUCCAUCAGCAUUUUGUAUAACUAUCAACCACUUUCAAACUAUUUUCUGCUAUUCACUGAUAUUCCUGUUAUCUUAAAUAGUACAAUUUGUAGAUAAUUCAUAAUCUACAUUAUGUAUUCAUUUAUCUCAUUCUCUGUUUGGACUCUUAAAAAGCAGUCACACUGUAUAUCAAACCAUAUAACAUGUUUGAGUUCAGUAUUUAAUGGAUUCAAAUAAUCAUUGCAGAAGGUAGUAGCUUGUAAAGUAACAACUUGAGUUCAACCACUGAUAGGGUACAUAAGACAUUGACUUAUUUUGGUGUUCCCUUGAAUGAUAGCUGCAGUUUGAGUUGUUUCAGGAAGUGUGAAUUUCUCCCCUACUCUUUAAGAUACCUACCACAAUGCUUUCUUCUUUUUUUUAUUUUUUAAAUGCAUCCUAAAACCUUUUCAACCUAUCUCUGAAAACUAAGAGAAAGUCAGAUAUGUUACCAGUCUUUCUUUCUUGGUUCUCCUACUGUUAGAUUGUUCUGCCUUGAUCUUGAGACUGAAAACUGGUUUUUACAUGCAUGUUACUGCUAGGUAAAUAAAAUGCCUUUGUAGGUUUCCAGUAUACAUGUAUAAUGGGACUAAGGAGCAAGUUACUGUAUAGGUAUUACUUGUUCUACAGUAGUUAAGUGUUGGUCUGGGGGUGUUUAGAUGAUAUGAUCAGCAAUGACCUAGAGUUAGGGAUGAGCAAUGAGGUUGCCAGAUUUUAUGAUCCCCCCCAAAAUGUUCAAGGUUGUUGAAAGAAAAAGAGAUUGUGAGGAGGUAAAUGGGCAGUAAAAUGACAAAUGAGAUUCAGUGUAAACAAGUGUAAAGGGUUGCACACUAUGUGUGUGUGUGGUGAAGAUCCCCACUUCACAUAUACACUUGUGGGGUCUGACCUGGGGGCGACUGACCAGAAACAGGACCUUGGGGUCAUAGUGGAUAGCUCAAUGUAGUUGGAACAGCUGUGAAAAAGGUGAAUUCCAUGUUAGGGAUCAUUAGGAAAGCGAUUGGUAGUAGACCUGCCAAUAUAAUAGUGCUGUGAUAAAAAAAUCUAUGUUAAGACUACUCUUGGGAAUGUCUCAUCUCAUAAAGGACAUUGUAAAGUUGGGCAGAGUUCAGAAAAGGGCAACCUAAAUUGUAGUGGAACAACUUUCUUGUGAGUAAAAUUUAAAACAUUUGGGUUGUUUUAUAAUAGAAAAAAGGCAAAUAACAUGGUAGAGGUGUAAGAUUAUGCAUGCUGUGAAGAAAGUGGAUAGGGAGAUUUAUUUCCUCCCUUUUUCGUAAAACUAGAACCUGAGGCCAUCCAAUAAAGCUUAUUUCUGGAAGAUUCAGAAGAGGCAGAGUGAAGUAUUUCUUCACACAGUACAUAGCAAAAGUAUGGAAUUCAUUCCCAUAACAUGAACUUAGGUCCACUAACUCGGAUGGCUUUAAAAGAGGAUGAGCCUAUCAGACGCUUCUAGCUACGAUGGCUAUAUUCUGUCUCCGCUGUUGGAGGCAUUAUGGUGCUAAAUGCCAGUUUCUGGGAAUCACUAGGGGGGGAAAUGCUUUUAAACAGGACCUGCUUAUAGUCUUCCCACAAACUUAUGAUUGGCUGCUGUGAGAACAGAAUGCUCGACUAGCUGGGCCCUUGAUCUGAUCCAAUGGGGUCUCCUUAUGCUCGUUCCUUUAUUAGGUUAGAAAUCCACCUUUGAACAGCAGUUCAUAGAUUGGGGGAGGGCAGACUUCCAGGACCUGCUUUGUGUGGUGUUAAACCCUCAGGAGCCAUCAGCUGGGCCGAGGCACAAAAUAAAUUAAAGAACAGGAUGCCAAUGAGCAGCUGCUGAGAUCAGGAAUUUGUUUUGGGUACCAGAAUUGAGCUCACAGUCCUACCUCAUAAAAGUCCAUUCCUCGUUGCCUUCUUUAUUUCAGCAUUCUUAAUUUAAAGGGAAAGGCCAUUUUGUUGCUGCCAUGGUUAAACAACUGGGGCUCAGAAAGCCUUUCUGAACUACUGCUAAUCACCAGUAGAUCCAGAUCUACCUUUUGUGCAUCCCUGAUCUAUGUGAUCUAUAUAUUUGUAACCACUCUUUUCCAAGUUCUGCUUUGUUCACACAUUCUCUCCAUUUUGCUUUCUUAAUCGUAGGAUUAGAGGGUGAUAUCCAGCGCUGAAAUCAGUAGAUCUACUCUGAGUAUGACUCCGAGUAUUGCCCAAAGAGCUGGAGCGAAACGAUACAAAAGCAUUCCUAACAAGACUUUCGAUAAUUUCUGAAAGAGAAUCCAUGGUUUCUUGACUGCUGGGAUAGCUCAAUCCGUAGAGCAUGAGACUCUUAAUCUCAGGGUCGUGGUUUAUGUUUAUGCAUUGCAGGGGUUUGGACUAGAUGAUUCUCAUGGUCCCUUCAAAUUCUAUGAUUCUGUUUUUAGCUGCCCUUGAGGAAUAAAAUUCGAAAUAUAAAGGGUAGUUUCCCGUCUUAUACUGAAUGGAAUAAAUUAUUAUUACCUCUUUAUUUCUCCCUCAUUUCACCUUCUUAAAUAUUUUUGAGCUGACAGAAUUCCUCCCCCCCUCACGUUGGAUCAGCAGACUUCGUUCAUUCAACUUUUGCUUGAGUGGAUUGAAGCUAAACCCAUAUGUGUAGCUUUUCUAUUAGUGUUUUCCAGCUGUCUAUCAUUUUAAAUGUAGCACUUGAAAGUGAACACAGUAGAGUGGUACCUUGGUUUAAGAGCAGUUUAGUUUAUGAACUACUUGGAUUAAGAAUGCUGCAAACCCGGAAAGUGUUUUGGUUUGUGAACUUUGCCUUGGAAUAAGAACAUGUUUCGCUUCCUGUUGAGUGUGUUCCAUUUGUAAAUUGAGUCCCCCGCUGCUAUGGGAAAGCACGCCUUGGUUUAAGAACACUUUGGUUUAAGAACGGACUUCCAGAACGGAUUAAGUUCGUAAACCAAGGUACCACUGUUCUCACAAUGAGGCUUGAUAACUGUUGAGUUGAACAGUGCUUUUUGCUGAAUCUUCGGAACAGUACUUCUUUGAAUGUAAUCUAAAAUGUCUUUGAACUUUUGCACGUCAACAAUUAGUUGGUGCCUACUAGAUUUCUUAAAUUUUCUUUAGAACUGUUGCUACCUAGUCAUUUAUUCCCCAUCUUUGGUCCAAACUGAAUCUUACCUUAAACAGAUAGGUUACUGUAUGAAUGUUUUUAACUUUUAGAAAAGGGGCUGUGGGGGGAAUCAGGAGUGGCUUGAAAACUCCGAUCCUAAUAGAUACCCCCGCCCCGUGGGAGGGAUGAUGCCAGUGGCACCAGUAGCGUUCCCUCCUAGGCUAAGUAACUUCAGAGUUGCAGAGGGGUGUGUGUGUGUGAUUAUUUGUUGGGACUACCACACAGGAGAAAAUAAUGGACCCCGAGCCCUAGAGUCCUAAUCCCAAUUGUCCUCCCUCGGGCUUCCAUUUUAAAAGUAAAAAAGAAUUGUGCCAUGUCAAACUUAUGUGCUUAACAUAGGUCACAAUCAUACCAUGCAUUUAAAGCUCUUUAAACAGUCAUGGGUUUCCCCAAAGAAUUCUGGGAGCUGUAGUUUAAGUGUGCAUAGAGCUGUUAAAGGUAAAAGUAAAGGGACCCCUGACCACUAGGUCUAGUUACGGACGACUCUGGGGUUGCGGCGCUCAUCUCGCUUUACUGGCUGAGGGACCUGGCGUACAGCUUCUGGGUCAUGUGGCCAGCAUGACUAAGCAGCUUCUGGCGAACCAGAGCAGCGCACAGAAACGCCAUUUACCUUCCCGCCAGAGCGGUACCUAUUUAUCUACUUGCACUUUGACGUGCUUUCGAACUGCUAGGUGGGCAGGAGCAGGGACCGAGCAACGGAAGCUCACGCCUUCGCGGGGAUUCGAACCGCCGACCUUCUCAUCGGCAAGCUGUAGGCUCUUUGGUUUAACCCACAGUGCCACCCCCAUCCUCUUAGAGCUGUUAGGAGACCCCUAUUCCCCUCACAGAGUUCAAGUCCUAGAGGGGUUUAAUAAACAAUCUCUCUUUGCAAGGAACUUUGGGAAUCACAGCUCUGUAAGGCAAAUAAUGGUCUCUUAACAGCUAUCACCCCAGUUACAAAAUACAACUCCCAGAAUUAUUUGGGAGAGGCCAUGACUGUUCAAAGGGGUAUCACUUCCAAUAAAUGUAUGGUCUCAAUGUGGCCAUAUUUGGCACUAAGACUGGUUCUCUUCCUCGCUGAAAUUCAAUUUUAGUUGUUAUUUUUCUAGGUAUCUAGCAUAUUGAGAUGUUGCUGAAUGUUUCAGUAUGUUUUGCAGGAAACCUGUUAACAUUUGAAGCAUAUUUCAUACAUAUUAAGUGUGUAGUUCAAUGCUGCAAUUUUCAUACAGUUGUCAUAAAACUAAUGAGAAACCGCUUAGAAAAUAGAACAUUUGAAAACAUUAAAAAAAUGUAUAAGCUUUGAUUUUGACAUGGAAAUCACAGAUGGUAUGGCAGUUCCCUUCCCCACCCUUCCCAGAAAAGAGAGUAAAAUUGAUUAUCCUUUUAACAUCUAGUUGGUGUUCUCAGACAAUUUCAACUUGGGGAAAUAUUAUAUGCCAGCCCAGGUCUGAGGGUGUUGCUGUUUGUUGGUUGAGAGCAUUAGAAGGGGGAAGCUUCAGAAGGGAGAAAAUAUUUUUUUUUACUUUCAUGAUUUGGUGCCCUAUGAAUCUGGAAAUGCAGGUUAUUUAAUACUGCUCAUAUUUCCAAUCCAUAUAUUAACAUGUAAACACCUUCCUUGUGACAGCGAUUCAGUCCCCCUCCCCCAGCCUGGAAUCUCUUGAAGCGAUGGCAUAUUUCAACAAAAAGAUUUCUUGCUGUCUCGCUGUGUAUCUCAAUAAACCAUUUGUUGGAUUUUUCGUAGUAGCUGGAAUGUGCCUCUGCAUGCAGUCUGUUCUCAGAAUCAUCUGGUAAAUGUCUGUUCAACCUCAAAAGAGGAAACACCCCUCUGUGUAAAAGAAAUGGUACUUCCUGCUUUCAUAAACAGUCAUGUGCAUAGUUUAGCAAGGCCUGAUGCCUCUGGAGCUUUUUCUUUUAUAGCACCAUAGAAUCUGCCUCUGCAGAAGUACAGUGAAUCUUGUGGCUUCAUUUGGAACAAAGGGGAUUAUUAGGGGGAAAGAUCUCUCUCGAAUAAGGCAUUGGAAAACAAGGGCAGGCAGUCUUUGGUUGUGAAUAUUUUCUGAUUUUUCCAGAAAUCAAGCAGAAGAUUGAGCUGCUGAUGUCAGUUAACUCUGAGAAGUCGUCCUCUUCAGAAAGGUACAGCUACAUCUCCUGCAUGAACAAUUAAUGGUGUAGUAAUGCUAAGACGCAGUAUAGGGUAUUUUUCCUGUCCAGUGUGCCAAUUGUGUUGAUGUAUUGCAUGCUUGACAUUGUAAUCUAUUAAUUGAAUCUGUUGCUGGUUAAGCUUUGCGACAGUGGCAAAUGCUUAUUAUUUCAUGUUUUUUUUAAAAUGAGGGCUAAUCUGUGCAGCAUGCAAAUCCAUAAUACAUCGUCUGGUACAUACGUGUUUAUACUGUUGCUGCAGUGUGUGUGUGUGUGUGUGUGUGUGUGUGUGUGUGUUUCCGUGUGUGUUUCCACCCAUGAAAGCAUCUUGAUUUUUAAAUCUAGAUUGAGAGAUGUUGCACGCACACACAAACACACACACACAUGUACAUACAUACACAUGCAUAUAUCAGAUAAUGUCACUUAAAAAUAGGAUUGUACUUGAAUUUAGGUUAAGAGAAAAUAAAUUCUGUUAAAAGCAGUAUGUUAGGUUGAAAGGGAGUGUCCUUUGCUAAUAGCUUAGGAAUUGCAAACCUAUGAAUUAGUCACAUUCCGUGUGAGAGAUGUGAUGCUGCUUCAAGUCUGUGCUAGGAAAUGGAGCAGUCACUGCAUGCAGUAAUGGUUCAUGCCUGCAAGUAAGGACAAAAUGACUCAGAAGUGUUUUUAGAACAAUCAUUUUUUCUGUCAAUCUGCUUCUAAUAUCCAUUAGUAAUUUAAUUUUGCAUUAUUUAUGUAACCUUUUGGUUUUCUUGGUAUGUAGCAUGGGUAUCAAACCUGCUCAACCAUCUUUGCUGUAAGAUUAAUUUUUGACACUAGAAUGUAUACUAAAUAAAUUAUGUUUCAUAUGUAGCAACACUAGUUCUGUUACUAAACCUACAUUAAUCUUUCCAUCUCAGAUCUAUAUUGUGAUAUCCAUUUCUUUUAUAGGAGACGAUGGCAUAAUUACUGAUUCAGUAAACCUAAAUUCUGAUUUUAUGUUGAAUAUUCAUCAAAAUGGGCAUAAGAGAGCACAGUUCCAAUGCAGUAGAUGUAUCUCAGCUAAUCAGGAGGAUAUAGGGCAUAUAAUUAAAACAGAGCCUCUACUGUAUGCUUUGUAUAGCUUUACAAUAAUAGGCAUUUAAUUUGAUUUGUAAAUUUUAAAAGGGAGAGCAAGCUACUGUAAUCAACCAGGAUUGCUUUAAUUUUAUCAUAGAGAUGCAAGAUAUUCUCAGCAAAGAAAAAUGCAUAAAAUGGUGUGUGGGGUGGAGUAGGGGAUCAAGGAAGGCACAUUUUCAUUUUGGUGAUUUUUUUUUAAGAUGUAUUUUCAGAAUGGAGAAAUGUAAUGAAAGGGUUUAGUCGUUUUGCUGUAGAAAUAGAAACUCGGAAUUAAAAUGCUAAUUGGGUUGUGUUCAGUUUUUCCAUCCCUAACCUGGUUCUAUAUGAGCUAUAAAUGUUAUGCCAAUAAAAUGGAGGUGAUGACGUUAGGGAAGAGGAUGGAGAUGAAAAUAGCACAGGCAAAGAAUGCCAACUAUGAUUUUAGGUUUUCUCUUAAAAAGAAUGGCACUAAUACUGGGGUGAAACUAAUGAGAGCAUUGUUGUGUUUGAUAUAUAUGUGUAUAUAUAUAAUAUAUAUACACAUACAUAUACAUAAUGAAGGAGCUGAUAGCUCAUGCUGUUCAGGAAUACAUUUUAACUGUGAGAUGAAACUGGCAUCUAAUUGGAAUUAAUCUUCUUCCUUAAUGCAUAAAUGCACAUAAUAAGAUAGGGAGGAAGUAAAUUUAAGGGCAGACAUUGUGCUAAUGGACCAUGAGAAAUGUCCUUGAUUGGCAAGGAAAGCAACAGCAUAUAUCAUAAUAUGAAUAUAAAUGAAUGUACAGUAUAGGUAUAUUUUUACAAACUGUAAAUUUUAAAGACCACAUUGUGGAUUAGCACAUGGUCAGACAGGAAGUCCUAGAUAUUUUAGCCUUUUGAUAUAAUUUCAUAGACAUGUACUUUAUAAAAACCACGGAACUGCAGAAGUAUGUCUUUCUUGCAUUGCUCCCAAUGUAGGGAGAGUUAGUUACACCUAAACGAGACCAACUUUUUCUAGAUUGGUCCUGUGUAAGUUAAAAAUGUAUUUUUUAUGUUACUGACUACAGGAGAUAAUAGUAUUUCAGAAUCUCUGUGUCAUUAUUUAAAUCAAUUACUUAGGAAAUGUAGAUUAGCACUAUUAUUACUAUUAUUUCUUUAUUUUGCUAGCAGGUAGGAAAUCUAAAGUUUGGGAUUAGUGUAAAGCGAACAUAAGCCCUGAAAGCUGCAAACUCAAAUGAAGGUGUGUGGAGACUCUGUACAAACUGACAACAUCAAUAAGGAUAAUAUUUGUGGUCUGUGUGUCAGAACUCACAUGGAAAACCCUGCUCCUGCACUGAACAUCUUCAGAGCAUUCCAGAGCGUGGUUGAGGAACCUGUGGCCCUCUAGACCAGGGUGGUCCAGUGAGCAGCCAUGGAGACCUUUUUAGCUGGUCCUCGACAGCAUUUUAUGCCCCCUGCCAAGCCCUCAUUUUGGCUACCCAAAGAUAGAUAUGUGAGUCACUGGGCUUUAGGAAGGCAGUGUGAGGGUCAUGACAGGGUCCUAGAGUCCCUCCAACUCCUUUCCAAAGCCUAGUUACCGCUUUCCCAGCUUUGGGAAGGAUGUGGGAGGGCUCCAGAAUGCUGCCAGAGCCUCAGUUCUCCUUCCAAAGGCCAGUUAUUUGGCUUUUGGAAGGCAGCACAAAAGCUGGGUGUGUGUGCGUCAAAUUUUGGCCUUCCCCGUGCCUGCAUGACAAGGCAGUGUAUGACGCACAGGUUCCAUGUUGAAGUACUCUUGCGACCCACUUAGUAUGAAAAAUUGGAUGCCCUGCUCUAGAUAUUGUUGGACUUAACAUCCGCCUUCAUCCAUAACCAUGGAUCAUGGUGUCUGAGGGCCGCAGGUCCCUCACCCUUGUUCUAGACCUAGAGCUAAAAAUCUUUGACUUAUGCACAUUCACGACUAUUGGACAAUGUGUGAAAACCCGUACAUGCUGUUCACACUGCUAGUUUGUGCAUACUCUCCAUUCUUUCAUGUGAAUGCUUGCAGUCAUUGGUGUUGUUCACACAUUUAUUUAAACUCUCAUGAAUUGGAACAGUAUACAGAUGUCUGAUCAUACAGUGAUGGGGUUUUCCAGAAGUGCCUUUGAUUUCCUAAAUCAAUUGUGUUUUAGGCUCUGAUUUAGCACGUUUUGCUUAUAUUUAGUAAACAAAAUGUUAAAAUACACCACGUUAAUUUUACAUGCUGUAUAAAUAUCUCAAAGGUUUUUCUAAUAGCUGACAUUGAUCUGAUAUUUUUCAUUUGGAUUUUUUUAAAAAAAUAAAGCACAUAUAGGCCCAGUUCACAUAUCUUGUUAAAAUUGUGUCCAUACUGCUAUUCCCAAGUGGGUGGAAACCUACAAAUCAGUGCUUGUGGUUCAUUUAUCUCCGAAUUAACUAUGAGAAGAAGCUGCAUUUUAUAGUUCACAUGUGUGAAACCAACACUCUGGUUUUCUCUGCACUCUGGGAAAAGAUAUGCUUGCUUGUUCACAGUAAGCCAGAGUUUGACUUACCUGUGCUGUGCAAAUCAGGCCCUGACGUGAUUUAUUUUGAACAAAUUGAUACUAUCUUAAUUGGAAUAUUUGGUAAUAGUUCAAGAAAUGCAGAUAAAUAGCAUACACAUCUCAAACACAUUCUAAAUUUUAACAACAAAAAGAGAGAACAUGAAUUUUAGCGUGUACCCAAAGCGGUAAUGUAAAUGCAUGCUUCAUAGGGAUAGUCACCUGAAAUUGUCUGGUUUUACUGGGAUUGUGUCCAUUAUGUUACCUUCAUAAAACAACACAUUUUUUAGAAAUGGAUUUUUUUCUGUGGAAUAUAGUGUUGGGAAAAUUUCCAUCUUGAAAAAUGUUCUGCCUAAUAUCACUGCACACAUGGUUGCCACUUUGCAAGCUUUCAGAUUUAGGCUGCGUUUCUAUGCGUACUUUCCUUGAGUUAAACUCCAUGAAACACACUUGGUUUUUUUUCUGAGUGAACAUGCAUAGGAUUAUGCUAUUAGUUAUGCCGUAAUAGGAAAGGGACCUAGUAGAGUAAUGAUAAGAAGAGCAUUGGAUUUGGAAGGCUUCAAAUUUGUUAGAGUUGAAGAUUGUAGUGCUGGAAAGCAACUAAUCCAUGUCAUCCAAAAUGUUGAUAAACACUCUGACAGCACCUAUGUUCCUAGAGAAAAUGACUCAUCAGGAUUGGCUCUCUAAGAGUCCCUUCUCCAUCUAUUUUUUUUUUUUGAAAGCCAUGUUUACACUUACACUCUAGUGUUUAACUUGCAUGAUACUCUUUGCUUCCUUUGAUCAUGCUAUAUUCUGGUUUUAAAACUGGGCUUGAUCUGUUUGUCAAUAAUGGGUUUUGCUUCCUUGUUUUGCAUCAGCUUUUUGUUUGAUUGAUAGACUUAGUGAAAUGAAUUAUAUAUUUUUUUAAAAAAUUGAAAAUACAGACCUUUGGACUCUUGCCUGCCAGCCAUUCUAUAAAAGGUGUCAACAAAAGAUGAUUAAUACCUUAGUGAGAAUUGAUUUAGUUGAGAUUCCUGCAUUGCAUCGGGUUGGACUACAUGACCCUCGGGGUCCCUUCUAGGAUUAUAUGAAAUAGAGGAUGAAUGCUUCAGAUAAUGGGGUGGGUGGGUGUCCAAUAUGUUUCUGUAUUUGGGAUUAUUGUGGUGGAGUUUUCUUUUGGCAUUUCUGUUGGAAGUUAGUAGUAAAUUAUCCCUUCAGAUAAAUACAGACUUCCCAGCUCCCCCAAAACUUUACCAGUUGGCAUUCAUGCAUGUACCUAAAUAUGGCAAGACACCUUGAGCAGUGAUCUGGAAAACGCUUGCAGUUACUCACUCGCCCCCAGGGAGUAGCACAGCUAGAAGCAGCCUUAAUGUCGUCGUCCUCUCUACGCAAAUAGAUUAUGAUGUUGGCUCCCAUCGUAUGCACCCAUCGUAGAUCUGCCUCCUCCAAACAUAGUGAAGAGGAUUUCUGGCUGUUAAUGUGGCUUGUUGCUAUCCCAGGGCGGGUAAGAGUGAACCAGCGUGGUGUAGUGCUUUGAGUGGGAAAGAGUUAUGUACAAUACUGUGAGCUCCUUGGAGGAAAGGUAGAAUAUAAAUGUAAUUGACUGACUGACUGCCCUGGGAGAAUACAUCUAAGUAGCAUGCAACUUCCUCCUCCUGAUAUUGCUACCACCCACCCUCUUACUGUUGCUGGGACCAUUGCCUGCCUCUGCAUUGCUGUUACUUCCCCCACUGUUUCUUAUCAGAAAAGUAUGAUAAAAUGGCAAGGGAUGGAUGAUGGCUGCAGCAGGAGGCUGUGGAGUUGUAGAGAAAGGAGAGUAUGAAGAACAGGGAAUGUGAAUUGCCUGCACCAAGGGAGCAUUCAUUUUGUUUUCCCAUCCCAAGUUAUUCAGAAUUCCAAAUUAUUGCUGAAUUAAACAUAAAAAUAGGCUGAGUAGGGAUUUGCACCUGGAUCUCCCAGAUAAAAAACCAAAUAGGGACCACUACACUAUCCUGGGUCACAGAGUGCUUUAAUGUUGUGCUACAAAACUAAUUGGUGGUUCAGACCUGAAAAAAUACUCAGACUAGUACUCAAAAUGCGCAAAAAGGUAGGGAUUUCAUGGUGCAGGAUGGGCUAUAACUACAUAUAAAUGAAUAAUAAUAAAAAGGAGUUUGAGAGAGAGUACUUUUUCUCUGCUAUAUACAUUUACUUACUGUCAGUGUUCCCUAUAUGUUCCAUAUUUUCCCCCAUUGGAAGUAAUUGAUCUUUCAGAGCAAAUGAGAUGCGUGCUUUCCUUGCUGCUUCUACAACUCAAGUGAUUGCCCCAUCUUGGGGCUCAAGUUAAGAAAGAGCUAAUAAAAAUGAUGCUAAAAGAACUCUGAGGCAGUUACUUCAAGAUGCACUGUCUGUGGUCCAGUGUUCAUGUGUUCUUAUUAGUAUCUAGAGCUCCACUGUUGAACCUUGUGUUGCAGGAGUUGUAGAGUUGUAGCUACUGACCAUUCUCCAAAAUGGAAGCAAGUGGAGCAGCUUUUCUUAUGCAAAGUUUCCUCUGCAUUUAGGAGCUCCUGUGUGGUGUGCAAGUGCAUGCACCAGAAUUACUGGUUUAGGAUAUGCUUUUGAAACCAAGAAGGCAUUUCAUACCCUAAAAAGGUAAAGGUACCCCUGCCCAUAUGGGCCAGUCGUGUCCGACUCUGGGGUUGUGUGCCCAUCUCACUUAAGAGGCCGGGGGCCAGCGCUGUCCGAAGACACUUCCGGGUCACGUGGCCAGCGUGACAAGCUGCAUCUGGCGAGCCAGCGCAGCACACGGAAACGCCGUUUACCUUCCCGCUGGUAAGCGGUCCCUAUUUAUCUACUUGCACUGGGGGGUGCUUUCGAACUGCUAGGUUGGCAGGCGCUGGGACCGAACAACGGGAGCGCACCCCGCCGCGGGGAUUCGAACCGCCGACCUGACGAUCGGCAAGUCCUGGGCGCUGAGGUUUUACCCACAGCGCCACCCGCGUCCCUUUCAUACCCUACUUCUUCAUUAAAUUGUCUUUUGGGUAAAUAUACAUAAUCUUUAAUCCUGUAGCAGCAGGCAUAAUUUAGUUACACUAUAUAUUUGGGAAGUAUGGUAUAGGUGUAUGAAUAUAACUGUGGCGGAAGGGAUGCAAAUGCACCCACAGAUUUGGGUGGUUUUCAAAAGUACAGAUCCAAUUGCCAAAUAAGCAGCUUUCAAAACUGAGCAGCACCUCGCUUUGCAGGCUGCUGUGGGCACCCCAACUGGUUAAACUGCCAGUAGUCCCAGCUGCAUCUCUCUUGCUCGAUUCGAUUGUGGCUUGAAAGAGCAAAAUACAUUUUUAGAAAAUAAUGGCCUGUUACUUUUUUCUUUACAUUUUACAUGAUUUAGCCUAGCUUACUUCCAUUACUCCCUUGGCCAGUAAAGCGAGAUGAGUGCCGCAACCCCAGAGCUGUCCGCGACUGGACCUAAUGGUCAGGGGUCCCUUUACCUUUACUUUCAUUACUUUGACUGGAUGACACUUGGGGUCCCUUCCAGCUCUACUUUCCUUGAUUCCCCCCCCCCAGCCCCCAAUUCCCCCCCUCAGCAUUUAUAGUAGAAGAUAAAUUCACCUUUUCAAAACAGCUUUCUAUCUUCAUGCGUGUUUAUUUCCACUUUGUUUUCAGUGGCUUUUUAGUACAGUACUGCUUAUUUUUGUGUUUUGUAUUAUUAUCAGCGCUGAAGAAAAUACCUACUUUAGACACACAGCUAUCUUCUUGUUUUUUUAUUUGUCCUUUUUAAAAUGGCCAUAUUAACAGAAAUUUUCAUUCCUUUCUGACUUUCUGCUCUGUUUAAUGCUAACAUUGAAGCUACUGUGAAGAUUUUGAUGAAUGAAAAGGGGUAAUUAGUAUCUCUGAACCCAAAUUCAGAAUCUGCAGAAUCUCUUCUUUGUACUUCCAUGAAAAGGAGUGGGGUGCUACACAUUCACACAUAAAGCCUUAAAAAUAUAGGGAUUCACCUCCUUGAAACAAGUGAUAUGAACAUAUCCAUAUUUGAAGUGUUUCCAAUCAAUAAAAUAUGCAAAUAUAAGCAGUAUGGUGUGUAUAUUCAAAAUAAAAAUUUACUUGGAAAAUACUAAAGUUUUGGUGAUUAAUGGUGUAAUCCUAUGCACAUUUGUUUGUGAAUAAGUUGUAUUGAACUUAGUCGGACGUCUGAGUAAAUCUGCAUAAGAUUGAACUUCCUAUGUAAUUCUACCCUCAGGAGCAUAAUUUCAUGCCAUCUUUCCCUCCAAUUUAGGUGUAGAAAGUUUCCCAAGUGUGAGAAAUUGAAGCAAUGUCUUUCACUCCUUUCUCCCUCCUGAGACUUACCUGUUCCACGAGUACUUAGCACUCCAAAACUCCAAAACCCUGAGCCAGAGCACACCUGCUAAGGACUAGGAAUAACACUGCAACAUUUUGUUGUGGGUUCCCACUUGUCUAUACAUAAAAGGCAGGUUCCUGUUCAAAAACUCCUGUUCUCCUUGGUAUUUGAACAGCCGGACGUAAAGGGUUGCAUGAUGUAAUAAACUUAGAUUUUCUGUAAACAUUUAACACUCCCUAAAAUGGAAAUAGUUCAUGUAAUCAGUUGGCAUAUAAGUUAACAAUUAUUUCCAAAAUGAUAUUUUAAAAGAGGUGAACAUUUAAGCAGGGUCUUCAGCAACUGUGUCUAUACCCUCAGCUUCUAUUUAUAGUAUUCAUGAGAAUCCACAAUGUGAGGUGGAUUCUGAGCAUUUUGCUCAUUGCUCUUUCCUUCUGUGAAGGAGAAAUUACACAGAUGAUUCUCCCAUUAUUAUCACAGUCAUUUCCCUGGUACAUUUAUUCUUGAGCAGCUGCUGAGUAAGUGAUGUUUUCACAGUUACUUAUGGAUGCAGCAAUUACUGAACCGGGACUAGUACUAAUACUUGCCGCAUAUUGUCAUAUGUUGGGAUUUGCAUUGAUGGUCUUCUUCCUGGCCUUUGUGUGGUAGUCCCACAGUUGAGUUCUGCUUGUAGUAAUUUGUAUGUGUGUAUACACUGACUGUAUACACGGGUGGCGGGUGUAUACACUGACUGUAUACACGGGACGCGGGUGGCGCUGUGGGUAAAAGCCUCAGCGCCUAGGGCUUGCCGAUCGAAAGGUUGGCGGUUCGAAUCCCCGCGGCGGGGUGCGCUCCCGUUGCUCGGUCCCAGCGCCUGCCAACCUAGCAGUUCGAAAGCACCCCCGGGUGCAAGUAGAUAAAUAGGGACCGCUUACCGGCGGGAAGGUAAACGGCGUUUCCGUGUGCUGCGCUGGCUCGCCAGAUGCGGCUUUGUCACGCUGGCCACGUGACCUGGAAGUGUCUGCGGACAGUGCUGGCUCCCGGCCUCUUGAGUGAGAUGGGCGCACAACCCUAGAGUCUGUCAAGACUGGCCCGUACGGGCAGGGGUACCUUUUAUACACUGACUGGCUUUGAUAACUUUUAUGUUGCUGCUAUCAGUUACUUGUAGUGUUUAAGGUGCUCAUUUUACGUUGACAAAUAUCAAAUGCCUUGUUGGCCUAAAGUGAAACAAUACGAGAAUUAGAAGUUGUGGUGUUGGUUGGCAUUAUAUUCAAUUUAGUCAUUUUCAAAGUGUCAUGUGGAUCUUCUUAAGGCAGCAUGGCCUUUCUAUCACGGUUCUCAGUUGAUCAGCUUAGAAUUCUUACCUCAGGGCCAGACUAGAAAUAAAUAAAUGACGCAGGAUAUUGAUCCGCAGUCUCUCCCAUAAUAGCAGCUACAUGAACUGGGGUUGGGAGAGAUCUUGACUGGGGCUGAAGGAAGUUUUUUGACCUCUUCAGGGGAGCCGACUUGGGUGCCCGGUGUGCAUGACGUCAUGAUGUCACAUUGUGUCGUGAUGUUAAAUGCACCCGCCCCCCCAGCCUCAGAACCCAACUUCUGGUACCACCGGAAGUCAGGUUCCAAGGUCUCGGAAGGUCUUGGACAGCUUCUCCAAUGCCUUGUGACACCUCGGACAGAAUCUCCAAGGCCUCGGAGAUGUUGUCAGAGGCCUUGAGAGACCUUGGAAAUUGCAUUGGGCGCCCUGCGGUGUGGGGGCUGAGCACCCACAACAAAUUUUUAUGGGUGCUCAGGCACCCAGAGCCUCCUAUAGUUUGAGCCCCUGGACCUCUUCCUGUCCCAUGUUCCAAAUUUAAAUCUCUCCUCAGUUGCUGUUUACUUGCUUAUUGAGGAAAAGAGAUAAUCCAAGGGGGGCCACUUUCACUUUCACUUAAGACACGGUAGAAACGCUGCGGGGUGCUACCCAAAGUGCCGCAAUGAGAAAUCCUGAUUUGUAUUGAAUGCACAAAAGUUCAUUGGAAAGAGAGCCUCAGUUUCUCAUACAUGUAUAAACUCUUGCGUAUCUGGCAGUGGCCAGGGGACAACCGAACAGUAUCUUUGGUUCCUUAACAUUUGCCUUGAUUGGGUUCAGGGGCAUAGGAAGGGGGGUGCAGGGGGUGCGGUCUGCCCCGGGUGUCAUCCUUGAGGGGGGUGACAAAAUGGCACACCGUGGGGGUCGGCCCUUACCGUGGGGCCUGGCCUGCAACGCACCCGAGCCUGCAACGCACAUCUCUCCUGGGAGUGAUGCGGUGGCUUGGGGCCCGCGCUGCCUGAAAUGGCAGCGUGGGGCUUGCAUCCACCAGGCGGACUCCAUGGGCAGCUCAAUGUGCGCGCGCCCCCCAGGCGCGCUCCGGGUGCCAGAGCAGCUAGCUAUGCCCCUGAUUGGGUUAGGCAGAAUACUCUGUCAUUACUUUUAAAGAGGUACACUGUAGAAGGCAGCCUGUCUCAUCUUCUUGAUUGAGUACUGGGGUCAAUGAAGCAACUACUUAUUUUUCCAAUAGCUUUGCUUUUGUAGGAUUCUUUCCUCCAGCACUUCAUCCUAUGCAUUCAUGUGUCCUGACUUCUUCUUUUUCGUUUUUCUAUUUAAUUGCUUGCCAUGUAGCUGGGGGAUGAAAAUGAACAAUGACAGCUCAGUUGUCUUCUUCUGCUUUAAAGUCAGUGUUCACUUUAAAUUUUGCAGCUGAACGCUUAAUAAAAGGCUUCCUGUGUAGUAUAUAGGGAGCAAAUAUUUUGAGAUGCCUUACUUAAAAAUACUUAGAAACUAAGGGUCAAUUCCUCAGUACUCUAAUAAAGUAUUUCAAAGGGGUGUGUACACACUACCUUCAUACUUGAUAGCUGGCUCCUAUAUCAUGUACUCCAGGAUCCAAAUACAGUGGUACUUCGGGUUACAGAUGCUUCAGGUUACAUACGCUUCAGGUUAUAGACUCUGCUAACUCAGAAAUAGUACCUCGGGUUAAGAACUUUGCUUCAGGAUGAGAACAGAAAUCGUGUUGUGGCUGUGUGGCGGCAGCAGGAGGCCCCAUUAGCUAAAGUGGUGCUUCAGGUUAAGAACAGUUUCAGGUUAAGAACGGACCUCCAGAACGAAUUAAGUUCUUAACCCGAGGUACCACUGUACAGAAUAAAAAGUGAAGUGAACUUACUUUAAUUUGAUAGAAGCUUCAAACAGUUACUUCCUGAUUUGGGGAGGCCUGAUGUGAGACAGCUUAAGAACACCUGCAUUAAAGUGUUAUAGUUUGAAGACCUACCAUAUUGUAAACCCAAGAGUAAGGACUGUCUGGUUUGUAAUGAUCUGCAUGCCAUUCUGGGAGCCCUUCUUUGUGGAAGAAAAAAUGAAUAAAUCUGAUUAGCUUGGUUGGUUAGAUAUUGGUACUGCUAAUGCCAAGGUCACAGGUUUGAUUCCUGUCUGGGUGCAUAUUCCUGCGUGGCAGGGGUUGGACUAGAUGAUGCACGGGGUCCCUUCCAAGAUAGACUCAUAGUCUAUGAAAUAAGUACAGAUUUCUGAAUUAGCACAAUUACAAUCAGUUCAGUUUCCAAACUCAAAAGAAAUAGCACAAAUGGAGAAUGGAAGGAGGAAACAAGCAAACUCAGGUAUGAGAUAUAGAGCACUAAAAUAAAUACAGCUGCUUAGAAUUGUGGCUGUUAAAUGUGAGUGAAAGCAAGUCACCAGCUUUGACUUUUUCAAUUAAAAGAGCAAAGUAAUUGUUUAUUAGAGGGAGGGUUUGAUGGGCACAUGAAAACAGUUGAGAAAUGAAAGUAGGUUGGCCAUGCUCGAUAUUGAUCAAGGUCAAAUAGCUAUUUACAGUUAUGAUAUAACUUUUGUUUGUGCAGGCUACAUUUAAACCUCUCAUCAAGGAAACUGCUUAAUUUUGAGGGACUAGGAAGUAGUGAUUGUAAAAUAAAAUAUAAUCAAGAUGUUCAGAGGUCAGUUCGUAUGAGUUGUCUUGGUUGGCUGAUUUCCAAGAUGUUUUACUGAAAUGUUUUAUUUGUUUAUUGAAUUUAUUUAUUGCAUCUUUAGACUGCCUUUCUUUCCAUGGAAUCCCAGGGCAGUGUAGAAAAUAUAUAAAAACAAUCCUCUGUAUCCCAAGACACAUACAACACAAUUUAAACCCUGCUUGCAAUGCCUGGAUAAAGAAGAUGUGUCUUUAGCUGAUGCUAGAAAGUCAGUACAGUCAUACCUUGGGUUGAAGUAGCUUCGGGAUAAGUAUUUUUGGGUUCCGCGCUGCGGUGACCCGGGAGUAACGGAGCGUGUUACUUCCGGGUUUCGCCGCUCGCACAUGUGCAGACGGUCAAAAUGACGUCAUGCGCAUGCGCAGAAGCAGCGAAUUGCGACCCGCGUUCGGUUCUGGAUGUGAAUGGGGCUCCGGAACAGAUCCCGUUCGCAUCCAGACGUACCACUGUAAAGUUGGAUUCAGCUGUACUUUCAUGUUGCAGUCCUUGUGAUCUUACAAUGUUAGCAUUGCUACGCUUAGACAACAGUGCAGUGAAAACAAUUAAUGGGCUUUCAGUGUGCCACUCAGGGCACAAGUUUUCCAAAGGUCAGAAAUAUUGGCUAUAAAAACAAAUGUGCAUUUUUUUGCUUAGUGCUCAAACAUUCACGCUUGAAAUUUUCUGUGCACAUUGUAAGUUCUUAGGAGAGGGUUUACAGAAAAGUGAAUUAUAAAUUAUUAUGAAACGUAACAACAUCCUGACAUCCUAGGGCAGAUGAGCUGACAUAAAUUUAGGCUUGGCAUUUUAAUUUGGAACUUUCUAAACCAACUCUAACCAGCUGUAAAUGUAGCAAAUAUACUGCAUUUAAUAGUUCUGUACCAGAGUGUGAUUGAUUUUUUUAUUUUAUUUGCUCAUUAUAUUCCGCUCACCGUAAAGGCAGUGAAUCACUGUCCAACGUAGUGCAGGGUUGUUCCCUCUGGAGCUUAUCAGUGCCGUGUUUGAAUUCUCUUGAGGGCUUUCUAUGGUGCAACACAGACCUGCUCUCUGUACCUGACAUCCCAGGAGCUGUGUUUGAUUGGAAUAUUGUCUAUUGUAAGCUAUGUUGUGAUGCUUUUGUUUUUGAGGAGUUAACGUGAGUUGGGGUAGCUGACGCCAUUAAACAAAUGGGACAAAAAUAUGAAACUUAAUUGAUUAAAAAUAAAUUAAUCAGCUGCAAAGGGGUUUUCCCAGUACUUCUGCAGGAUGUUUAAGAUUGGGCAAGCUCCUCUAGGAGAAGGGAGUUCAGUAGUUGUGGAGUGGCUACUGGGAAUGCCUUCUUUGUGCUUUUGCCUAUAUUGGCUUAAGGCACAUUGAAGUUCAGAUGUCAUUUCCCACUGUCGUUACUGUGUAUUUGGUCUAUCCUUGGGUUGGGGUCUAGGAUGGUGGUGUCGGAUAGAGUCUGGGGCACCCACAUUUUUAGGAGAGUUGUUAGGUCUUCAAGAGAAUCAACCAAGUAAGAGUGGGCGGGGCAGAAGACAGUUGAGCAGAAUCAUGGAGAGCUCCCUGUAGGCCCAAACUCACCAGGAGUGAAUUGUUGCCUUGGCAGCAUGGUUCAGUCUUAUGAGAGCUAGCUGACCUGACUCCCUACCCUCUCUAAGCAGCUAUGUCUUGUUUUAACAGGCUGUUGCCCAACUUUGGCUUGAGGAUGAGUGCUACCUAGAUGCAGUGCCUUCUGAACUAGAGGAGUCAAGGAAGGGCACACCUUUUGGCCUGGAUAGCCUGGGCAUAUGGCUCCCCAGGCACUGCCUCCUCUUCCUCUGAGCUGGAUUGUGGCCCAAGAAAACGACACUGUGAUGAGGAAUAUAAGAACCGAUGGUGUUCCAGAUAGUCUUGCUCAGGUCAUUGUUACCAAGAAAGCAAUUGAAAGCCAGUGCAGUCAUGUAACAUACAUAUAUGUGUGCCAGGAUAGCUACCCCUCAAUGUUAAUGUUUGACAUGUUUGUGUAAAAGCCUUAAAUAAAAUGUUCAGAGGUGCAGGCGGGGGGUGGGAUACUCACCCCAGUAGCAGGUAGCUGUUAACAUUCUGCACCAGUCACAAUUUACAAAGCUUUGGAAGACAGUCCUAUGUACUGUGAACCAGGAGAGUCAAGAAUCAAGGUUUAGAAUCCAUAAAUAGCAAUUGCUAGAUAGGCCUUCAUGCCAGAAAGUACUGUUGAGAAAUAAUGUUAAUGCGCUGAUGAGCUGGCUCCCAAUAGUUUUUAACUUAUUGUAUCUCCUGUGACAUUCUGGAAUGUAUGGGUUAUCAUCCCAAGCCUGGAUAGGAGGCUGGUGUGUAGAAAAGAAGAAAAACUGUUUGUUUGUUUGUUUGUUUGUUUGUUUGUUUGUUUUAGAGAAUUCACAAGCCACCUUUCAGCAGAAACUUCCAGGGUGGUCUGCAGGUUCAAUAAUGAGAGAUCGAUUCAUUCCUACAGUUUCCUAGCUGACUUUUAAUGAAGCAUACUAUAACAUUCUCUACCUGCAGCUUCUAAUCCGACAUAUUCCUUAAAAUCUGUCCUGGAGCUGAGGACCUGAAAUGGCUUGGGCAGGCCAUAGGAUGAGCAUCAAUUUGCUCCCAUGUGUCCUUGUCUACGCAAAUACUCUGCUUCAAAUGUAUACCCAAGGAAUGUGUGUUAAGUAUUAAAACCAAGAAUUAUGAUGUGCCAUGUCAAAACCUAGAUUUUCCAAGACACUAUUUUAUUUAUUUAUUAAGUUUAUAUCCCCCCCCCCCAAAAAAAGCCCAAGGAGAUGAUGAAUCAGAGUUUAAAGUAAUUAAAUAUUCAUUUUAUUACAAAAUACACAUAUUAGAUACAUGCACAGCAAUCAUAUUGGACUGAUAAUUGCUUCACUAAAUCUAUAGAAGGAGGAGAUGGAAAGGACUGAGACAGAGCAGCAGGUGAAGAAAGGAGAUGGGAAAUUAAUGUUAAGCAAGAAAAUCUGAAGGCAGUGGGCACCAGAUACACAUAUGGAGAGCUGACUCAGGUUAGAGAAAGAAGCCAAAUAUAAAUGACACUGCCUGGGGCAGUGUUUGUGACAUGCUUGCCUGGAGAGUUAGAAAGUGACAGGAGGCCCGAGUGGCAACGUGAUCUAUUUCUGGGUUCUGCUUAGAUCUUGAGAUCUUCCUUCGCGCUGGGGCACUAUAGUUGCUUGGGUUGUUCCAUAUGACUUCUCAAAGGUCUAGGCACCCUUAGAUUACAAAGUGUAGCAUGCUGUCAAGAAAUAUCAAGGAAAAUACUGUGAUGGAGAAACGGGGCUAGGCAAAUCCUUCCCUUGAGCUCCAUAACGUUUGGAACUUUCCUUGGGAGAAAGUCAUGGAGGUUGAACAAAAGCACUGGUAGGAUACAAGGUCCCUCAGAGACCUUGGACAACAGAAUACAAAAAUAAUGAAGAUGGAGGAGUGGGAAAACUAAGGAAAAUGAAGGCCACGUGCAAAAGACUAGAAUAAAAUAGAACCUUUGCUCUAGCAUGAGGAGUCCUCUUAAAGCUUCAAUUAACUGGGAGGGGGUAUUGAUAGCCUUUUCCUACCACACCUACAGCAAGCAGUGAAUGCUCAAGUGUGAUUGGGACGCCAAAGGGUUUUCGUGCACAUCCUUUUAGGUGUGAGUCCUAACCUUAAUGGAUGCUCAUGCAUUUAUUGUAUUAGCGGUAUUCUACGGUUGGGUUGCUCAGUGUUUCCUGUACGGUUCCCCCUCUCCUGCCCUCUUAAGGGCUGUAAAUCAACAGGUAUGUCAUCAGGUUGAAUUGAUUGGAAUCAGUUAGAGAGUAGGGUGUGUACACACUCCAGAGGUCUCAGGCCUGCUGACUAGAGGGUAGGAACACUACCCUUGUCCAUGUUAAUUAUAUGGGAGGUUGAGAAAUUCAAUCCAGUUUGCAUUUAAAGGUGAAUCAGACUUUACAAAACAGUAUGUGAACUGAAACAAGGGCAUCACAGUCCCAUAUAUUGUGCUUCCUCUCUCCUUUUUAUGCUCACAAGAACCCUGUGAGGUAGGUUAUGCUGAGAUUGCUUUACUGGUCCAAGGUCACCCAGUGAGCUUCAUGGCUGAGUGGCGAUCUGAACCCUGGUAUCUCAGGCCCACACUGGCUCUCUGCCCAUGAAUAAUGUUACCCUUGACAUCCACAAAACAAAGGAAGCCAUGUAGAUCCAUGCAAAAAACCCCUAUGGUCUGAUUUUCUUAUUGUCCAACACAGCUUUCUUGCUUUUUGUGUCCUUAAGAAUACAAAGUUUAGGCAUUCAGGAUUGAGUUCCUAAAAUGGACUGAUGAUCUGUUACGUCAAGAUGGUAUUUUUAUUUUUGAGGAUGAUUAUGUUAUCUCCAGCCACAGGGUAUUUGCUACUUGGCUUCUGUCAACCUUACUUUUUACCUUGUUCUCCGCAUAAAAUUUAAUUCCUAGCUUUGCUGCUAUAAAAUACCUCCGUGUUUCUCUUUGUUUUUGUUCUCUUUCUUACAGGGAACCUGAGUUCUUUGGUUAAGGCUAGAGACAGAUCUGUCAAACUGCUGGAUUUUAUAAUUUCAGCAAUUUAUUUCUUUACUGAAUUUAUAUCCUACUGUUCCUCCCAAAGGAGCCAUGUGGGAUCAGCUGUUUUUUCUUCUUUGUCCCAUCAGUUCCAGGUGCAGCUUGAAACCUGCAUGACACCCACUAGGUUCUCUCUCCUCCUACAUACAUGCCACACUAUAAUUGUGAUUAAAUGCAGCUUUUUUCACCCAGCCAAUUUUUCUCAGUGCCUCUUUUGCAUACUAUUAAUUGUAGUGUAGGUGCUGUUUGAUUACUGGCUGAGCCAGUACAGCUGGGGUGUGGGUGUGGUCCAGACCUUGCCCUAGGUGGUGGGAUCAUCCUAAAGGGUUCAUUGCUUUAGGUCAACACUUCAUGGAGUCACAGGGCAGGGGCUCACCCCCCCUCCCCGAGUCAGGAUGUAGAACUGUAGGCAGGGGAGACAGGUCUCUGACUCUCACCUGGGAUGAGUUUGGUUUGGUGAGGUUUGGUUUGCUUAUAGGAGUAGUGUAAUGCAUUCUGUUGCCAUGAUUGGACCAUUAUCUGGUGAGGCUUGGACUGUUCAGAAUCCAUAUGUCUUUGAGGAGUAUUUCCCAUUCCAAGGGAAAUCUAUGUAGCCUGCCUCCCACUAGGCUUGUCGAAGGAAGCAGGGCUGUGCACAAGACAAUUGUACUUCUUGUUGAAAGAGCAUUGAAACAGCAUUGCACCUCUGUGGUUCUUCUGAUACUAAUAAGUAAAGCAACUGGAGGAGCAGUAGCUAUCUGGCCUAUUAGGGGCACAAAAGGAAGGGACCUUUUAUUUUCUUCUUUUCACCUAGCAUCUUUGGGGGUUUAACUAAAGGAUCCUUAAGCAACUACUUGCCUGUUUAUGCUGUCCAAAAUGGAACAGGCAUGGUGGGAAGGUGGCACUCCAUUCUGAACCAGGAGAGCAUCCUAGCCAAAAUACCUACACAAACAUUAUAGGAGCAAUGUAACAGAAUGCUAGCCAGUAUAGGAACAUGUAAACAGCAGCCAAUAAUAAUUUUGUCUCUUUGAAAGUAAGCUUUGGCAAAAUAACAGUUAGCUGUAGCACUUUGAAUGAAGAAAAGAUGCUCAUCUUGUCGCUAGAGAAGGGGGAGAGAUUGAGUAGAUUUACAGAUCCUGAGAGAUUUAGCUAGUUUUUUUCCUUUUUCCUUUUAGUGACCGUCUCAGCAGGGUCAAGGGGAAAGCCAGUUCAUGUUUGGAAGUAUACAAUUCCUUGUUUCUGCUUGGGAGCAAAAGGAAAUAUUUCAAUCCUUUGAAGUAUGCAACAUGUUAUUAUUAUACUCACAUAUUCUUGUUCGAUAAAUUCUCCCAAAUGCCCCUGCAACUAAAAAGUUCAUUAUUAAGAUCAGAAAGAACUAUUUAUUGGCAACAAGUAGAACACAUUGGCAAAUUUAAUGUAAAGAUAAGUAUGCCCUGCAUUGGGGUAUCAGACUAAUAUACAAGGGUUUUAAUUAAGCUGAAGUAGGUAUUUGAGGAUGCAAGAAGAUCCAAGAUUAUAGACAAAGUGAGCAAGCAUUUAACCAAAACUAAUUAGAGCAUUUUUUGUUGUUGGUGUUUUUCUGUUAAUCACAAGAAUAGCUGGAGGGGGGAGUUUUUAAUGUUUGUAAACAGUGAUAAUAGUGUGGGAGUAUGAUAAUUAAAGCCCACUAAAAGGCUGAACUAUUAAGUGCAGCUUAACACUAAUGCAAUGUAGUGAAGAAUUAAUUCUGAAGAAAGUAGUCACUGUAAAGUAAAAUUGAAAAGUAAAACUGAAAAACCAAGGAAAAAGGUUAUUUUCACCCAGAAAUUUUAUGGUUACUAAUACAAAGUGGCAAGCUCUAAAGAUGUCCACCUAUAUGAACAGUGAAAAUCAGCUUGUACGGCAGAACUUACCAUUUCUCUUCUUCCUCCUUCGGUCCAUUGUUCAUGCCCUUAUCCCCCAGAGCAGUUUUUGGAAUCCACUGGGCUGUAGGGAGAGGAGAGAAAAGGAAGGGAAAGUGCCAUUGCACUAGCAAGUGCCUGCACAUGCUGUGCUGGAUGUCACCCAGUGAAACUGAAUUACAUUGUCCUGUUUGCUCCUUAAAACAUCCAUUUAUGAGAUGGUUGGCUGCAGUGACUGACAUUUCUCCUGCAGACAUGUACUUAUGCUUGCAACGUGUGCUUUGGUUUUGAAAUGUAGUUUAGAUUCAAUUUCCCUAGAGAAUAAGGCUUUUCCUAGUCUAUUUUAAUGCAAUUCAGAUUCUACUAGCACGUAUUUACACUACCUGAUGUGUUUGUGUGCGUCUGUCUGGACUGGUGGAAAAAAUCAUAACAUUAUAAAAUGUUUUUAAUAUUGUGUUUUAAUGUUGUAACCCACCCUGAUGAUAAUGGUCAAAAAUCCUGUAACAUAAGUCAAUUUUUUGAUUUAGAGUUUGAUGAUAACAAAAUACAUGGGAACUACAGAAGAGUCAUUUAUCUUUCAAGACCCAAAAUUCCAGAGCUUUCAUUUUUAACUUUGCCUGGUAAAGUUUUUCUGAACAGACACACUUAAAGCCAUUUAUCUCCUUACAUAGAGUUGUCUUUGGCGGUUGGUGAUGGGAAUAGAAAUCUGAGCCAGUUGCCAUAGGAACACUGAAGUAUAGCAGGCAAUAUUAAUACGGUAUUGCUAUUUAGAUAUACUAUUACUCCUGUUUUUGUGCACAGAAAAAAUUCACACCUUCUUAAAAUACAUGGAACAGCAACCUACUGAAAUAUAUUAGCAUUAUUAUGUAAAAAGCAUUUUAAAUUGUGAAAAUUUAAGUUUGCGAGGUUGUCUCCUGUGUUAUGCAAGAUUGAUUAAAUGUGAAACUGAGUUUUUAUUUAUUGGUGGGCUGGGAAGAAUUGUUGAGCAUUUUUUUCAUGUACUCAUUUUGUUGGUUAGUGGGAUUUUAUGAAUGGGUGUGUACAUUAUUAAUGAGUUGAUUGCUUCCAUAAUCUGGGAAGUUGCUGCCAUUGUUCUGUUUUGCCUAUAUCUUCCUUCUAACAAACUGAUAACUUCAGAUCCUUCUUCAGGCAUGAGAGGCUGAGGUGGAAGUGGAUUAGGUAGUUGAAUGAAGAGAGAUUUGCUCUGUACUCAGCUGUGAUUUGCCCACAGUUGUGGGAUCAAUGAGAAAGAAAGGUGUUUCACACUAGUCUGCUCCAAGCCUAUAAAAGGAAGAACAGGCAUAGGCAAACUCGGCCCUCUAGAUGUUUUGGGACAUCUCCCAUCAUCCCUAGCUAACAGGACCAGUGGUCAGGGAUGAUGGGAAUUGUAGUCUCAAAGCAUCUGGAGGGCCGAGUUUGCCUCUGCCUGAGGAAGAACUUCCCCCCAAAAGAAUCUUCAACUAUAGUUUGCCUCAAACUAGGAAUAGAGUGAAGGCAUCAUUGGUAACAUAGGUGGCGUCAGUCAAAGGCUCCUUGUCAUCUUGGUUUGUGUGACAUCUGAAACGUAACUGGCCUGAGCAUCAAGAUUCCUUCUGUGCUUUCUACCCUCUGUCCAAAUUUAAGAAGGAACCAAGUUGUGAACUUAUUAGAAGGCUACAGUUGCAAUUGAAAUCAUUCAAGCCCCAUUGCAAAUCAGGUUUAAGUUGCAGUAUAAGUUGCAUUUUCAGCUGAAUUUGAGGAAACCACUUGAAGCAUCCUUUGGGUUGACCUAUUUCAAUUGCUUUUGCUUGAUUUGCUCAUGGCAAACAGCUGAAAGUCUGUAAAUUUUGAUAAUAAACCUGAUUUGUAUUGGGGGUUGAAUAAUUUUCAUUGCAACUGUAUACUAACAUAGAUUGUCUUUAAUCCAUUGUCAUAAUUGAAGAAUAAGAUUUUGAUACUCUAAUUCAAUUGCAAUGUGUUUAUAUUCUAACAUGCUCCUCAAGUCCUCAUCAGGUUUGUCAGGCAACACCAUAGAAUAUGCUUUACUUUCUAAAAUGUAUAGUUAAUUGUACAAAAUAGCCUUCAGUACCACUCAACAAGUUUUGUUAGUGUUGCUUAAUUGCUUUUUAAGGAGAUCCUUGUUUUGAACAUUAUCUAAGAAAGCAAGUUUGACUUGGCUUUAUCUUUUUCAUCACAAAACUUACUGAAACUUACUGUAUAAACAAUAUAGGAAAUCUAACAUGUUUUGCAUAUGGGGUUCAGUAGGUCCAUUUGAAAACAUGACUUGCUGUAGAUUUCUUCUCAUAUAAAUAUUUGGCUGAUUUAAUAAAGAAUUCUGUAUUUGAAACAUUGCACAGAAAUCUUGAGUUUACAAAAAAAAUCUUGAGGGUUUUGUUUCUUUUUUGCUGCUGUCUUAAAUAUUUGGCUUAUUUGGUUUUCAUUUUGCUGGAUGAAUCUCUUAAUUUGCUAGCUUGGUAUUAUAAAAAUCUGUGAAGGAAAUCUAUGAAUUAGAUCCUCUUUUAGAUUUAAAAAUCUGCUAUGCUGAUUUCUAAAUAUUGUUAAUGCCUUGUUCCUUUAACAUACUCCUCAAAACUUUGUAAAAAUGAAGAUGGAACUCAUCUUCAAAGGCCCUUUUGUAUCCUACUCUGGUGUUUGUAACGGACUUUUCUUGUACUUACACUACAUUUUGCAAUAUUCCUUAGCAUUGUCAGUGCAAUUGUUUGUAGCCAAUAUGCAGUAAAAUAGUGGUGCUCACAGCCAGGUUAUGUUAAAUAUAUACUAGUUCUUGCUUUUUCUCAUCCUGGCGGUUAGAUGGAUUUGAAUUUUAAGAAGUUUCCAAAUGCUGACUCUAUUGAAUUUAAUAGGACUUACUUCUGAGUAGCCAUGGUUAGGAUUGCACUGUUAAAUGGCAAGAAAGGAAAUAUAAAGUGCUCAAAGGGUAAUUUUGGCAAGAGUAUUCUUUACUGAAUGUACCAUUUUGCAUUUGCAGGCCAGAGCCUCAACAGAAAGUUCCCUCUGCACCCCCGCCACCACCCCCGCCACCUCCUCCACCACCUUUGCCAGAGCCAGCCCCUCCAGAGCCAGAGGAGGAGAUUCUGGGAUCCGAUGAUGAAGAGCAAGAAGACCCUGCAGAUUAUUGCAAAGGUUAGUGUGUGUGAGCAAACUGCACAGCCUGAAGAGAGUUUAUUAUUUUUUCUGUCAACUCUUGUCUUUGCUAAUGUUGGUCCAGCUCUGGGGAUGUCUCCCAUUCAUCCAAUUCACAAAGGCAGGAAUUUCCAGCAUUUGCCAGCUAAGGAUACUGGUACAUUCAUGAGAUGCUCUGGAAGAGUAAUCUCUGCUUUUUCGAUUUCUUUGCUUCAAGAGCAUUCAGUCGUCAUAUGAAGCAUCACAUUAUUUUCAAUACAGAGCUAAAUUGCACAACAGCUCUUUAUAACCUUUGGAGUGCCAGAUUUAAAGAGACACUUUCAGGUUACCAAUGUUGUUGUUUCCAAACGACUCGUUCCCCGCACUCCAUGGUGCACAAUCUGGUUCUUUGUAUGCUUUGUAGGAGCAUAAAUUCUACACAUGAAGUAAGAUACGAAUGUAAAAAAUGACUCUUUAGAAUAGAUAGCCAGAAAUUAACAUGGUGGGUAGUGUAAAUAGAAUGCCAGCACUUGAAGAAAACACAGUGGUAUAAAGAAUGGCCCAGUGUAGAUGUAAAAAUUAAAUUGAGAUUGGAAACUGUGCCACAGGAUUAUUCACUCCCUACCACUCUGUGUCUCCUCCCUUUGAAUCCUUUGGCUUCCCUAUUACCUGGGUUUAGCAUUGUUUAAUAAGCCCUUCACCAGUCUGGAUUAAAAUGAAGCCAGGGAACCCCAAAACUUUUAUUAAGAACUUUGAAGCAUGGGCUUCUCAAACAAAUUUAGGAGUAUUUAUGGAAUCAUUUUCACUUGGAUUGGCAGUGGCAGCACACAUUGGCAAUCUAGUGAGUCUCGUGAAUUUGUAUGUAAGGCAUGGGGAUAUGGAGUGCUGCUGCUUGUCUGUACAUCUGCAAGGUUUGGUGUUAUGUGCUGCAGCAAAGCAUAUAUAGUGAAGCAAUCGGUGUAAGACAUCACUUGUGUCACAUGUAAUGCUAGGCCAAAUCAAGAACAAACCUGAUUCAUGGUUAAGGAGAGAAAGCUUAAUUUUGAAAUGGGAUUCAGAUGACACUUUGUCCCGCUGCUUUCCCCCAGGAAACCCUGUGGUUUAGCACUGAAUCGGAACAAACAACAACCAGGUUUUCCAUGGAUUGCUGUUUGUUCCAGUUUAGCACUAAAGAGCAGGUUUUCCGGGGGGAAGCAGCGGGGUACAGGCCAAACUGCUCUGACCUCUGCUUAGAAAGCACAGGACAAAGCCAAACUUUGCUGUGCCAUGCUGAGAUAAAAGGACUGGGGGAUAGCAAAGUGGCUGCAAGCUGUUCUCCAGGAGCCAUCUUGUUUGUGUGGCCAUGGUAAGCCAUAGUUCGGAUUAGUUUACUUUAAAUGUGAUCCAGGCUGCUGUGAUAUGUGGCCAGUGUGUUACAACUGGGCUUCUGAAGUGUUUUUUCUUGGAGGUAGCUGCAUCUAGUUCAAGAGUGGGAAACUAGAUCCACCCACCUGUUAAUCAUAGUGGCAUUAGUUGAAGUGUUUUCCUUUGCAAACUGGCUUGCUGACUGUUCCUCUACCCACAUGGCUUGGUUUAAAACUAUGUUGGCAAAAGAAGCAGGAUUCGCAGCCACUGCCAAUUGGCUGUGGCUUCACACCCUGCUUUUGGCAGAGAUCGGCUUCAGUUGGGAGCUCCUGAGUGGAACUCAUCCCAGCAGAGUUUUCUUCUUCUGCUAAAUUUAAAGGCCAAAUACAGUUUCUGUUUGCCAAGGAACAAUGGGGAGCAUACUUUAAGGUUCUUGAUUGUUCCUUUAUAGCCACAUCUUUAAUCUGCUCCACAUCCAAUAUCAUAAAUGAUGUCUGGUGUGGGGCAGCUGGACCCCUUGCUGCGUCUAAUCAGGCCUUCAGGCCAGAGGUUCCCCACCACUGAUCUAGGUCCUUGAUCUGUAUAUUGAAAUCCUUGUACUUUUUCAGAUUCUGUUCUUUUUCACAGUACCAGGCACUCUAAACCCUUAGUAUGUAACAGUGUUCAAUUUAGGCAUUGUGCCGAAUGUUGGUUUGAGGCUCCAAGCAUACAUUGUUCUUUGUCUCAGUUCCGUCCUACCGGAGUCCCUGGAUGUGAUCAGAAAGCACUCUUCCUUACUUUGCUUGACUGCUGGCAAAGUGGUGACAUGUGUACUACCGUGUUAUCAUUGGCUAGUCUACUCAUGAGAGCAGACUAAUUGUCUCCUGAAACACUUAGGGCAGCUGUCAGCAUGUUCCUGUUUUUUUAGGCACUGGUCUCUGGAAAGUUUCUGCCCCUCUACCUUAAUUUCUUUCAAAGUCCCCUACAAUUGUCACCUAAGCAUUUUGUCCUAAAACGUCACUUUCUUUCCAGUACUGCCUCUCCUCAUCCAGAUAGUGUAGUUGUACCCAUUCAUAGCUGAAUGCUGGCAGAAACCUAACUUGUGUAUCUAUUCAGGCUAGUAACAGAUAGAUGAUACCCAUUGAACCAUUUAAAGACAAAUAGCAUCAAGCUAAAUUAUUUUAUCAUCGUAACCCCAUAACUUAUAAAGAAAACCUUUCUCAUUAGAUUUCCCUCCCUCUUAACUGUGGGAAAGAGCAGUGUUUGUAAAAGCAGAUUGACAUUGCCAUGGAAAAUUACAGAGCAGGGUGGAUAAAAAUAAAAGAUUUUGGAUUUAUUUUUUUAAAAUCGGAUUUUUAAAAUAAAAUGCUUUUGGAGGAAAAAUCUUUCUAAAGAUAGUUUUCUAUUUAAGUUACAUUAUAGUCCAAAGGCUAUUCAUCAGGAAAUAAGGAUUUGAUUUAAGUUUUUCACCUGUGCUAAAACUCAGUCUGGUUGUUGUUGUUUUUUAAACCAUUUACAGUUAACAAUCAUGGAUACAUAUGCUAUAAUGUUUAAGUUGUUACAAGUUGUUUAAACGUUAUUAAGGAAAUGAUUUUUUUUCUCCUUCCAAUAAAGUACAGCAGAAAAGUUGUCCAAAUAUAAACAAUAAUUUAAUAAUUGUCUAUGUAUUUAUAAUAGUAUAUCCAAAUCAGUAAUUUUUGGUAUAACUGUAAAAACUACACUGAAAAUUUAUUAUUCCAAAAAUGAAACCUACAUCUGGUUGUAAAUAUUAAGAUUAUACCAGCAAGAAUGAGUCUUUCUGUAAAAAAAUGAUUUAAAUCAAGUCUUACUGUUUAUGGAUGGCAGCAACUGGCAUUGAAGUAUGAAUAUGGCUCUCUGGUAAAGGGCCUGCAUGCAGAAAAUCCCAAUCCGCGGCAUUUAAAAGGAGUUUAGGUAGCAAGUUUUGGAAAUCCUCUGCCCUCUCUCACUACUGUCUCACCACAGAUGCUAACUCAGAAUCCUAAAGUGCCUGUAUGCAACCUUUGAACUUGUACUCAGUUGAGGGCUGGAUAGAAAAGUGGAAUGAAACUUAAGAACACAGUGGUUCACAGCUGAGUUCAUCAUGAAAAGGCUUGAGCAGAAUGGAUUUAGGAUUCCAUAAUUACUAUGCAUGUACCUUUUCUCAGUCUGCAUGUGUUGGUAGCAAACAUGUUGGCAUUGUGGCCGUAUAGUUUGGGGUCUCUUUCUAUUUUAAUUUCUUUCUUGUGUACUGGAAACCUUUUUGCAGUGUCUGCCAUGCAGAAAACAAUCAGUAAAAGCCACGGCUAUAGCAAGAUUAGACUAUUGAAGAUGAGUUGUGUGUCGGGGGUGGUGGUGCUUUAUGCUUUUGUUCUCCAUGUACUUAUCAUUGAUGUGUUUACAUUGCAACUGCCUGUGGAGGCAAGUGAUGGCCCUAACUGUGGCCUUUGAAUUUGGAUGUCAUGUCAAACCAUAGCUUGCAGGCAUGAUGUAGAAUUGUGGUUUUUAAUUCUGGCUUGUCAGCUAAUAGUAAACCAUUGUAUGUUUUACAUUACUCAGACAAAGCUCCUAGUUAUAGAUGAGCUUCGCCAAACUAUUGUUUGGUGAAUUGAGCUGCUGAAGCUUUGGACAUCUGAAGUAGUUAGUUUAAGGGCUCGACCACACUUUGCUUGUCCUGCUCCUAGAAAGCACGGGACUGAGAGGCUUUCUGUUCCCCUGGAUUACCUGCUCUUUACUGCUCAAUACUUCAAGGAACACGGGUGGCACUGUGGGUUAAACCACAGAGCCUAGGACUUGCCGAUCAGAAGGUCAGCGGUUUGAAUCCCCACGACGGGGUGAGCUCCUGUUGCUUGGUCCCUGCUCCUGCCAACCUAGCAGUUCGAAAGCACGUCAAAGUGCAAGUAGAUAAAUAGGUACCGCUCCGGCGGGAAGGUAAAUGGCAUUUCCGUGCGCUGCUCUGGUUCGCCAUGCUGGCCACAUGACCCGGAAGCUGUAUGCUGGCUCCCUCGGCCAAUAAAGCGAGAUGAGCGCCGCAACCCCAGAGUUGGUCACAACUGGACCUAAUGGUCAGGGGUCCCUUUACCUUUACCGCUCACUUGGAGCAGAUGUCAAUCUUUGUCAAUUGCUCUGAUUCCAUGGUAAAGAGCAGGUUUUCUCAGGGGAGAGUGGUGGGACAAGCAGAGUUGUGGACGAGCCCAAAGUCAGAAGCAGAAAUUCCUUUCAAAAAACAUUGGCUUGAAUUAUACUUGAUUCAUUGUUGAUGUAAUUCAAUAAAAGUGUGAUCUCUUGUGAAACUUAGUACUGAACUUUGGAUACAAUAUGUUCUGUGCUCAAAAUUGAGGUGGUGCAGCAGAAAAUCAUCUUGAUAAUUAGGUUGUACAGCAGGGAUGGCCAAUUGGCAGUCUGCUGGCCCACUCCAGUUCUUGGUGCUCUGCCAAAUUUUACUACAGAGGGGUGUGGGGAGGAUGGUGGUGGUGGAACUGGCUGCAGCUUGAUUAGCAAGGAAAAGGUUUUAUAAAAUAUAUAAUGAGAGAUUCCAUACAUUAAUAUUAUAAACCUUGUGAGUGCAAUAUGUCAAUCAGAAUUCCUGUAUGUAAUGCAAUGCUUGGGAGCAUGUGAUUCAGACUUGGGAAGCCUAGUGCUCUUAGAUGGUGCCAGAUUUAUUAUGACGCCUGCACAUAAUUAAUUUCUGGACCACUGUUUGGACCCUGAUAAAAUUGUUCAUCCCAGUUGUAGGGGAAGAAAAUCAGGUUUAAAUGCAGCUUUAAACUGGAACAUUGGUCUGAACACAAUACUCUUAGUUGAAACUGAGUUCACACUCCUAUUAAUUUCCUGGUUCCAACAGGAUUUUCUUGUUUUUGACGUCUUUCUAUAGAAGCAAAUAUAGAUUGAACUAUACAAGCAACUUCCUGACAUAUCUGAUAUUUUUUCUAAAGUUGAAGAACAAGUUUGACAGUGCAAUCAUAUACAUGUUUACUUGAAAUCAAGUUCAGUGAGACUUGCUCAUUAGGAUGGUAUUCAGCAAAGUUUUACUGAAAUUAAACCUAUUGAAAUGAAUGGACCUAACUUAGUCAUGUUUAUUCAUUGUAAUGGGCCUACUAACGGGCCUGUUAAUUGCCAUAUUGGACACUACAUCUUGUAAGUACGUUUAGGAUUACAGUGGUACCUCUGGUUACAUACUUAAUUCGUUCCGGAGGUCCAUUCUUAACCUGAAACUGUUCUUAACCUGAAGCACCACUUUAGCUAAUGGGGCCUCCUGCUGCUGCCGCGUGGCGGCGGCACGAUUUCUGUUCUCAUCCUGAAGUAAAGUUCUUAACCCGAGGUACUAUUUCUGGGUUAGCGGAGUCUGUAACCUGAAGCGUAUGUAACCCAAGGUACCACUGUACAGCUUAAAGCUACUUGGAAAUGCUAAGACACUGUUGUAUAGGUAAUCAAAUUAAUGCUAAUUUUGCCUCCCACCCCCCACUCUUUUUUGAAAGGUGGCUAUCAUCCAGUGAAAAUUGGAGAUCUUUUCAAUGGUCGGUAUCAUGUUAUCAGGAAAUUAGGAUGGGGACACUUCUCUACAGUCUGGCUAUGCUGGGAUAUGCAGUAAGAAACAACAACUUUCCUCCUUUGCAUGUUAGCUCUCUAAAGCAGGGGUAGCCAACCUGGUGCUCCCCAGAUGUUUUAGACUACAGUUCCCACCAGCAAUAACAAGUGUGGCUAUUGGUCGAGGAUGAUAGGAAUCAUAGAACCAUAGAAUUGUAGAGUUGGAAGGGACCACAAAGGACAUCUAGUCCAACCCCUUCCAAUCCAGGGACAUUUGCCCAGUGUGUGGCUCAAACCCAUGACCCUGAGAUUAAGAGUCUCAUGUUUUACCAACUGAGUUAUCCCAUCUAGAGAGCACCAGGUUGGCUACCCCUGUUCUAAUUCAUGUAAAUGGUGGCUUUGAUUUAUUUUGAAUAACUAAUGGGUUGGAGUCUAGCUGAGGUUAUAUAAAUGUUUCUAGUCUAUCUCCUACAUAAGUACCAUUGUAUAGGGAUAUUAAUGCUGUCUUUGCCUUGAGUCAAAUGUGUCUUUAAUAACCCUUAAGAGACAUUGCUCUCUAACUGUUUGAAAAAUAAUAAUUGAGAAAAAGGUUAAAUUUAUCAUUCACUUACCUGAAUAUUAUUGAAAUUUGCCACAAAUUGUUUUAAAGUUGUACUUAUUCUCCAGUAGGGCAUUGGAUGUCUGUCUUAAAUAGGAAAAAAAGUAUUGGCUCUGAUAGCUUGUUUACUUCCUGUUUUAAAGGGGGAAAAGGUUUGUUGCAAUGAAAGUUGUGAAAAGUGCUCAACAUUAUACAGAGACAGCCUUGGAUGAAAUAAAGUUACUUAAAUGUGUAAGUAUUAUGAUAACACUCCCAAGCUUAGUGACUGAGUGUAAAUGAAAUUGCUUCUUUGUGUGUGUGUUUAAUUUUGUGAUUCUGUAAAACAAACAUAGUAAGUAAAAUUGCAGUUACCAUGUAAUAUUUUUUAGCUGCAGUAUCUUUAAAAAUAACUUUACAGUUUUUUUUUCAAACGGUAGUUUUAAUUUAAGUGACUUGUUUCAUUUCUCUUUUUAGGUUCGUGAAAGUGACCCUAGUGAUCCAAAUAAAGACAUGGUUGUACAAUUAAUUGAUGACUUCAAAAUUUCUGGCAUGAAUGGCAUACGUAUCUUUUUUUUUUCUUGCUGAUUGCCCAGUGUCUUGAUUUUAAAAGACAGGAAAACCUUUAUGCUUUUUCAAGUAAAACACUAGGCUAGCAGGUAAUUUUUUAAGACAUUGGGUUGGCUCCAGACAUAAUAUUCUGCAAAUGGAAGGGCUUCUUCCAUUCACAUAGGGGAUUCUUAUUCAACACAGCCUUUGAACUGUAGGAAAUGGGUAUCUUCAAUUAUUUUUUAUUCCAAUGAGAAGUGGGAAUUGGCAAAAAUCUCACCCUGCCUCAUUCCUCCAGCACUAAUGGAACUUAGCUGAGUGCAAGUCUGGAUCCAACCCAGAAAUAUUGUUGUUAUUAUUAGUGCAUAACAGUGAAGGAAAUACUGAAAAUAUUAUAUGGAUAUUUAGAAUGAGCUGCUGUGGUAGACUUGAAAACAAUGUGUAUUUGAGAGGUGCUUCAUGUUUGUUUAUAAACCUGUAAGCUGUUAUCUUUAUGGGUUUUUUUUUUAAUGAAGGCAUACCUGUUCUUUCUGUUGCUUUUAUAGUAAGUUAUCUGUAUAUUUUUGUUGGUUUGGAUUUUAAAAAAAACAUAUUUCAGGUUAUGAUCUGAACAUAAGUUCAAACUCUAGUCUAGGAUAUUUGGCUUCUUCUGACAAUGUUGACUCUGUGAAAUUCUUAUUAAAUAAAUUUUCCUUCCGCUCUGUAAAAAUGGCCAACACAUUAUUUUAAUAAGUAAAAAAGUUGACUACAACCCAAAAAUCUUCUGGGCUUCUCUGUUUUGCUGUUGCAGUUCCAUGUUAAAAUUAGCUAUAAAAGAGUAGACCCAUUGAAGUUAAUGGUCAGGUACAGUGGUGCCUCGCAAGACGAAAUUAAUCCGUUCCGCGAGUCUCUUCGUCUUGCGGUUUCUUCGUCUUGCGAAGCACGGCUAUUAGCGGCUUAGCGGCUAUUAACGGCUUAGCGGCUAUUAACGGCUUAGCGGCUUUAAGAAAAAGGAAACAAACUCGCAAGACAUUUCGUCUUGCGAAGCAAGCCCAUAGGGAAAUUCGUCUUGCAGAACGACUCAAAAAACGGAAAACCCUUUCGUCUAGCGAGUUUUUCGUCUUGCAAGGCAUUCGUCUUGCGGGGCACCACUGUAUCUAUGACCUGCUUAAUUUUAGUGGGUCUCUUUUGAGAAUGAGUUAGCAGGCUUACAUUGAUUUGGUUUUUCUGUUGGGUUCAAAGUGGAAUGACUGACUACUGCUAAAAUAUGUACAAGGUCAGUAAAGACAUAAUGUAAACCGGGAUUAAGGAAAAGUGGUUGGAACUGAACAUUCCCACACAUACCCCUUUCAUUUCUCCAGGACAGUUCAGUGUUACACUAGACCAUUGCCUACCAUACUCUGAAACAGAGGGUAGGGAAGAUCCCAAAAUAGGCUCUGUCAAAACUGGAUAUGCUGAUUAUCUGAUUCAACUGCUUUAUGUAUGCAUAGCCCAUCCAUCUAUGGAUUGGUGAGACCAUAGGAUAUGCCCCAGUUGCUAGUAGAAGAUGGAAACCAAAAUGCUUGAAAUAUAUUCUUGGAAAACUUACGUUACACAAGAACAAAGGAUAAUGUUCUCAGUUGAAAUGUGAAAUAUUUUCUUGUGUGGUGGGCUUGUAAGGAUGGUUAGAAAGUCAUUAAAUUACUUACGAUUUAUCCUUAAUUGAAUCUCAGAUGUCUGUAUGGUUUUUGAAGUACUUGGACAUCAUCUUUUAAAAUGGAUAAUUAAGUCCAACUACCAGGGCCUUCCUAUCCGUUGUGUGAAAAGUAUAAUUCGACAGGUAAGAUGUUUAAUGCAACAAAGCUACAAAUGUGCUAAUACUUCAGUUCUGCUUGCAAAAUUGAUAACUACCCAGUCUGAUAGGACUACAUUUUUUUAGAAAUCUCUCUAAAACUGCUAUUGCAUGUGAUGUCUUCAAUUACUUGCUUGAUUAAAUUGUUUAAGUCUGAACAAUUUAAGUAGCAAUUGCUUUAAAAUAUAUCCUAUGUGCAUUUCAUCUCAUCACUUAACAGCACGUAGCUGAAGUGAAAAAUGCUUUUUCCACAAGAAGUUAGUUUCUGAAAAAGUGCCAGUUAUUUUACUAAAACAUACGUCAUCUGAUUGAAAGAAGAAAAAGGUGCCCUAAUAUUUUUAUUAAGAAUAUUUUAGUCAUAGUUUAUGUGCAUAAUCCAACAAAGGGGUAUAGCUAGCAAGGCCAGUGGUCAGGGAUGAUGGGAACUGAAGUUCUGUGAACUAGAUUAGUCAUUUCUCUUCCCAAGUAUGUAUGUAUUUUAAAGUGAUGUCCAAAUGUAGCCUUUUGAGUUCUUGUGACGCAAUGAGUGGAGGAAACUUUCAUUGUAAUGAAAUUAUUCUUCCUUUUAUUGGUCUGCAAACCAGGUACUGCAGGGUCUAGAUUACCUCCACAGCAAGUGCAAGAUCAUCCAUACAGACAUCAAGCCAGAGAACAUCUUGAUGUGUGUGGAUGACACCUAUGUGCGUCGAAUGGCUGCGGAAGCAACGGAGUGGCAGAAAGCAGGGGCUCCUCCUCCUUCUGGCUCUGCAGGUACGGCCGUACUUUUAAACGCUCAGUAAGUAAAAACAGAUCGCAUACUUGCCACAGCAACAUUUAAUUAGUUUUAGUUAAUGGGAAGAGUAAAUUUAAACGUGGUUAAUUUGAAUGUUUAAGAAUGUUAUUAGCAUAUGAAUAAUGUAUAAGAAGUGUUCAUUUUAAUGUAGCAAAACAAUCCGAGUGCUGCAAUUCUUCAUAUACUUCUGCAUUUUUGGUAGGCAGAAAAACCUUAAUUACAAGCUUUAUUUAUACUGGUUUCCUGCUGUUAAUGCAACAUUCAUAUGAGCUAACAUGAUCUGGAACAUUUCCCCAGUUUUAAGUUUUAAACUGUGUUUUAGGUGUGCACUUUUAUAUAGUGAAACAUUUUUAAAGACAUUGCCCUCUGUAUCCCACUUCCUCAUACAUGAAGGGGAUUUCUUAUAUGUGCAGAGAGCGAUAUGCACGCAUAUAUAUAUAUAUAUAUAUAGCUACAUGCAAACGAGACACCAAAUAAGUCCCUUAGAUUUCAUUGCCUUUGAGCUGUGAAACUGGGUUCAGUCCUGUCUGAAAUGCAUGAAGUCUUAAUUAAAUAAGCUGAACAAGCAGUACUGGUUUUCUUACUAUUUUGUGUAUUAUUCAGGACAUCAAUCAGUUAUACUAAAAAAAGAAUAAGCAAUUUGUCAGUUUGUCAGUGCCACCUUGUAAUGGCCAUCUCAUACUGUGGACCAUAUUAACUCCUCACACUUAAUACAUUAUAAUGAAUGUAUCACGUGGAGGUGGUAGUCUCUCAGAAAAGGCAUGCAUUCUGUAACAUCUAAGUGUAAUGUCAGGCUGUGUGCAGCCCUUUAAUGUCUACUGGUGGCGCUGUGGUCUAAACCACAGACCCUAGGGCUUGCCGAUUGGAAGGUUGGCGGUUUGAAGCCCCGCAACGGGGUGAGCUCCCGUUGCUCGGUCCCUGCUUCUGCCAACCUACCAGUUCGAAAGCAUGUCAAAGUGCAAGUAGAUAAAUAGGUACCACUCCUGCGGGAAGGUAAAGGGCAUUUCCGUGUGCUGCUCUGGUUUGCCAGAAGUGGCUUAGUCAUGCUGGUCACAUGACCCAGAAGCUUUAUGCCAGCUCCCUCGGCCAGUAAAGCGAGAUGAGCGCUGCAACCCCAGAGUCAUCCGCGACUGGACCUAACCGGCAGGGGACCCUUUACCUUUACUACUUAUUUACUAAACUGAAGCCCCCAAAAUUUAGCUUUGACUGGUUUGUAAGUGGAAUAUUUUAAUACUACAGUGGUACCUCAGGUUAUGUAUCCCUCUGGAUAUGCAAUCUUUGGGUUGCGAACACAGCAAACCCGGAAGUGUAUACUUCCGGGUUUCGCCGCAUGCGCAGAAACGACCUGCCUGCUGCGCGCAUGUGCAGAAGCGAUCUGCACACUGUGUGUGUGCGCAGAAGGGCGCCUCUGUUUACAGACUUUUCGGGAUACGGAGGGCCUCCGGAACGGAUCCCAUCCAUAACCAGAGGUACCACUGUGCAUUGUUUCCAUGUUUCUUUUAUGUGGUCUUUGGUAGUAUUAGAAUUUUGAAAGGUUUUUAUAGUCUGUAUCAGUAAAAUGGAUGAACUAGGAACUGGAUUACUUACAAGCAAAUAAUUUAACAUUGUAAGGUUGGAAAAGAGUAAUAUUUCAAUAUUUUUCAUCUUUUGUUAGUUCAUGAUGAAGAACUUUCUUUGGGCUUAAAACCUAAAACCCAUUCACUGGCCCUAACAAGGUUGUAGAGUCUCACAGAAAUUGUGCAGAUUUUUCUUCUUCUUCUUCUUCUUCUUCUUCUUCUUCUUCUUCUUCUUCUCCUCCUCCUCCUCCUCCUCCUCCUCCUCCUCCUCCUCCUCCUCCUCCUCCUCCUCCUCCUCCUCUAGACAUUUUAGGUUGGAUAAAGAUGAUCUAAGGUAGUACCCGACCAUCAGCCUCUCAUUAGAAGAUGUUUCUGAUUAUUGCACAGAAUUUACACAUAUCACUUCAUAAAUUUGACUCUUAAGUGUUUUCUUUCUUUCCUCUUUUCUUUUCUUUUCUUUUUUAGUGAGUACUGCCCCUCAGCAAAAACCCGUAAGUAGUCUUGUGUUAUUCUUCUUGAGUAUUCAGGGCUCCUGUUUAAAGAGUUGAAAGUUAAAAUUGUUAGCAUUUUCAAUUUCAUCCAUGAUCCUUAUUUAACUACAGUUUUGGUUUAUAAAUAGGAUCUUUUGUCUAAAUUAAUCUUGCAUUACCUUUUCCUCCUGCAUAGCUGGGAGGAGGAGUUCUGAAGUGUUCUUGUUUGCUUCUGCUUUACCAUGUGGGUUGCCAUUCCAUCCAAACUGACAAACGAAGGAAGACUUUAAUUAUGUUUAGUUUAAAAGAAGCCAAGUUCAAACCAUGGUUUCUAAACCUCACUUGUUUAAGCUAUAACCAUAGGGGGUUUUUUAAUGAUAAAAUAAAGUACAGUCGUCACCUGCCUCACUUCAUUUAGUGGGGGCGCCUAGCGAAGAGCCCCUGAAAGUGAACUUUAGGGACUGGGCAGGGAGGAAGCAAUCCUUCAGAUGGUCAGGCCCCAAACCAGUUAUUUAGCAAGAUGUAUAUACUACUUUAAGGGACGCGGGUGGCGCUGUGGGUUAAACCACAGAGCCUAGGACUUGCCGAUCAGAAGGUCGGCGGUUCGAAUCCCCGCAACGGGGUGAGCUCCCAUUGCUCGGCCCCUGCUCCUGCCAACCUAGCAGUUCGAAAGCACGACAAAGUGCAAGUAGAUAAAUAGGUACCGCUCCGGUGGGAAGGUAAACGGCGUUUCCGUGCACUGCUCUGGUUCACCAGAAGCGGCUUAGUCAUGCUGGCCACAUGACCCGGAAGCUGUACGCCGGCUCCCUCGGCCAACAAAGCGAGAUGAGCGCCGCAACCCCAGAGUCGGUCACGACUGGACCUAAUGGUCAGGGGUCCCUUUACCUUUACCUUUACCUAUAUACUACUUUAAAAUGUUUAUAAGUGUUUUACAUGCUAUAAACUUUUCAUUGGGGGUUUAAAGGAUAAUCCUAGCACAUUUAAUUGCACCCAAUAACUAACUUGUCUAGUGCAGAUGGCAGUAUGUUCCAUUUGUAGCCUAAAAGAUAGGUAUGCUGUGCUUGCAAUGGUUUAUAUAGUGAGAAAUAAUGGGGGCCCUCUAUUCAGCUUGUAUAUCUUAUGUCAGCAAAGUAAUUAUAGCUUGAGGCUACUUUAUCCUCUGAACUGGCUCUUGAGUUUCAAUUUUAUAGAAAGUCAGUUGUGCAGUACUAUGCAUUAGUGUUCUCAGUUCACAGAUGCCAGACUUUAUAGGGUAACCUAACCUUCACAUUGGAUGGCUAUAAGGAUCAAUAAAUGGCAAUGUUAUGUUAAAUUUCUUAGAUUGGAAAAAUAUCUAAAAACAAAAAGAAGAAAUUGAAAAAAAAGCAAAAGAGACAGGCUGAGCUACUAGAAAAGCGCUUGCAGGAAAUAGAGGAACUGGAGCGAGAAGCCGAAAGAAAAAAAAUAGAAGAAAAUGUAACAUCUACUGUAUCGUCCAAUGAACAAGAGGAUGAAUACCAUCCAGAAGUCAAGCUAAAAACUGUUGAGUUAGAGGAGGUAGCAGAUGAAGAACUUGGGAAUGAGGAUGGUAAGUGUUGGGUCUUCUUAAAUUUUGAUAUAAAAGAUGCAGUGUGUCCAGAGAUGCUGUUGCAACGAUGCUCUGAGCACCAUCUGUUUUAUAGGCUGCUGUUAUAAAGGCAUCGGUCAGAGCCAAAGAACCACGAAACUCAUUCCAUGAGCUGCAAAAGGCUUUGCAUGUCUUUUCUGCAAAGAGCAGACCCCCAAUUCCAUUCUGCAAGUGGAGGGUGCUUUUUGAUACGGAGGGCGUAAGGAACAUGGAAAUCAAUAAGUGCCAUUACUAUUAUGGUGCACCACCGGCUUAGCACACUAAGUUUUGUUCAGAGUGGUGCCAAAAUAAAAUGCUGAAGAGACAUCUUUGUUGGCGAGGGCAACUGUAGAAGUAACCAGCCACUGAUAUAAAAAAGUUUUUCCCAAGGUAAUAGCACCCCUCCAGGCAAAAGCUAUAGAAGACUAUCUGCUUUACUUAUAUAAGCAUAAAUUUAUGCAGUCCUUUACUUUGCCUUUGCUAACUCAGAUGAAAUAGUAUUGUUACAUAACAUGUACUGAAACUGAAAAUUCAAAUGAUACUUCAUAAUACUUACCCCACUUGGUUUUAAGAGGUCAUAAUUUUCUGAGAGAAAGUGUAAUCUAGUCUUUAUAUAUUUUAAUCCCUAAGGUGAAACGGAAGAUCAGGAUGAAAAGGAAGAUACAGAAAAAGAAAACACAGAGAAAGACGAUGAUGUUGAACAAGAACUUGUCAACUCAGAAUCUACAGAUCCCACUUGGAUAGAAUCCCCCAAAACAAAUGGCCACGUUAUAAAUGGUCCUUUCUUGCUGGAAGAACAGAUUGAAGAUGAAGAUGAUGAAGAGGAGGAAUGCCCAAAUACUGAGCAAUAUAAUCUUGAUGAGCCACAUGCAAAAAAUGAUUACAGCUAUAGUAGCUCCUACGAACAAUUUAAUGGUGAAUUGCCAAAUGGACGUCAUAAAAUUUCUGAGUCACAGUUUUCUGAAUUCUCGGCUUCCGUAUUCUCUGGAGCUUUAGAUUCUGUAGCUUGUGGUUCAGCUGUUUCUGAAGAAUCAGCUGUAACUGAAAGAGACGGAAGUACUCCAUCUCAUGAUAGGAGCAGGACAGUUUCAGCAUCCAGUACUGGAGACUUGCCAAAAAGUAAGUGUUUUGGUUUCAGAAAUUUGUGACCGUUUAUCUAAAGCGUUACCCAUUUUUAAUUUUUGCAUUGCUGUACUUGGCAGAUAUUUAUUCACUGUAAAACGAGAGGGAGAGAGUAGAAAACACGUGGUCUUAAAAAUAUUUCUGUGUGCAUAUUGUUGAACUUUGCAUUACAUAACUGUUCUUUUGCCAUUUUUAGAAGUGAGUUGCUCUCUUAUUAGCACAGCACUGCUUGUUAAGCCUGGGAGCCACAAAACCAUUUGUUUCCUGUGUACCUGGGCUGCCUUUUGGGCUUGUAUUUCUUAAACAACCUACCAAGUCAUGUGGCAAAUAAUGGAGGGGGCAUCGAGAAGCAAAAGACAUGAUGUGAGGGCCUGCUGUGGAAAUAAUAAAAAAGUAAACGAAUCUCACUGGGCUUUUCCAAGCUCUUGGGCAUGCCUAAAGUAGCUCUUUGUUUGGAUCCCAUCUUAGCGUUUGAGAAUAUGUCAGACAAUAAGCUUUGCUUGUGCUGGUCUCCCAUGAUGUUAAUUGAUUUUGCUGCUUUUCAGGCUCUUCUAAGGCAAGGUUUUGUUGUUUUGAGAGUCCCCUCUUUUACCACUGGAAAAACAUGCCAUCUGUAAUUCUGGUUCACAGCUAUUUUAAGACAAGGAUCUGCAUUUUAGGCUGUUUAUUUUCUCCUUGUUGUUUAUUUCUGUCCUAAUCCUGACAAGUUUCGCCAGUGUUAGAUAUUGGAACCAUGCUAAAGAAACAGUAUUUUUAAAAAAAUAAAAAUAAAAAAUUGGAGGCAGUAAAGCGAGCAUUGCUGGGCAACAGAAGUGGUCAGAUGUGGACGUCGGAACCCUUAGUGCUAAUUGGAGACAUACAGUUAUCUAUGCACCUUGAUUUCCAAAAAGAAAUCCCAUUCAAAAAAUAUCUGAAAUGCUGAGAAGCAGGAUGUUUGCCAGAUUACCAGACAAUCCCAGCAGAAGGCUAAGAAUCUUUGAGUGAAAUAUCAAGCUGUGCAACACAACAAGACACUCCAGGAAUUUCCAAAAGGCUUGCCUUGUGAUUUGCACGCUCUUCUGGAUGUAAGUGCUUAUGUGGUUGCUUUUUUGGGGAUAGGAGGAAAUAAUUUUUUGUGUCCCUCCACUCCUACAGAGAAUUCAGAGCCACGAUUCCAGUCCCAAAGCUUGAAAAAGAGUUCUGGACACAGGGAAGUCCAUAUGCUUAAUUUGCAACCUCAGUGCUUGACAGUUAUAGUCUUCCUAGCAAAGAGUAUCUUAGCUGCACCUUGAUGCCUCAUGCUGGAUGGAUAAUGUCCCCACUUUUUAAAUACUCACUUCCAGUCUACAAUUACAAAAUAAAAGGAUUCGAAGUAGUGAAAACAUUGUAAGAAACGUAAACAGUUGUUCCAGUGAUUUAAAAAGGCAACCAGUGUGCCUACCUCUUCUGUUGAUCCCUACAUUUAUCUAGUACUCGGGACAAGGAUGUACAUUUGUCUGCUAAUGUCCCUAUAAUUGACCCUGACACAGAUAAAUGAGCAACAUAGUCUUGGAUAAUCAAGCCAGCCUAAUCCCAAGUACUGACUCAAAUCUGCACUCCAGCAGGAAUUCUAGGUAAGAUCUUGUUUUUCAACAAUUUCAGUUCCUGUUUGGUAGUAUUAUACUUUUUGAAGGCUAGGGUCUUUGACUGGGAAGGGGAUUUCAUUGGGGAAGUGGAGAUGUUGCUAAAAACGAUUGCUUGGGGAGCUAUUAAAUAUUCCCCCCUCAGAGUUUGAAUAAACGUAGAAUCAUAGAGUUGGAAGAGACCACAAGGGCCAUCGAGUCCAACCCCCUGCCAAGCAGGAAACACCAUCAGAGCACCCCUGACAUAUGGUUGUCAAACCUCUGCUUAAAGACCUCCAAAGAAGGAGACUCCACCACACUCCUUGGCAGCAAAUUCCACUGUCGAACAGCUCUUACUGUCAGGAAGUUCUUCCUAAUGUUUAGGUGGAAUCUUCUUUCUUGUAGUUUGGAUCCAUUGCUCCGUGUCCGCUUCUCUGGAGCAGCAGAAAACAACCUUUCUCCCUCCUCUAUGUGACAUCCUUUUAUAUAUUUGAACAUGGCUAUCAUAUCACCCCUUAACCUCCUCUUCUCCAGGCUAAACAUGCCCAGCUCCCUUAGCCGUUCCUCAUAAGGCAUCAUUUCCAGGCCUUUGACCAUUUUGGUUGCCCUCCUCUGGACACGUUCCAGUUUGUCAGUGUCCUUCUUGAACUGUGGUGCCCAGAACUGGACACAGUACUCCAGGUGAGGUCUGACCAGAGCAGAAUACAGUGGCACUAUUACUUCCCUGAUCUAGAUGCUAUACUCCUAUUGAUGCAGCCCAGAAUUGCCUUGGCUUUUUUAGCUGCCGCGUCACACUGUUGGCUCAUGUCAAGUUUGUGGUCAACCAAGACUCCUAGAUCCUUAUUCAGAGUGGUACGUAAUGAGUACCACUCUGAAUAAGAGACAAUAGAGCUGUUUUCUGUGGCCAGAGCUGGGAUGAGUUUACCUUUGAGCUUUGUUAGUCAUGUAGGAGCGCUCUUGAAUGUGUGCUGUGCUUUGUUUAAAAAUAAUUGGGCUGGAAAAGGAUGGUGGGGGAAGAAGAAUGCUUUAAAGAUGUCCCAAUAACUAUCUUCAUUACAUCUAACACAUGCCGUUUUCCUUUUUCUUUUCCCUCCUACAUGGCUCAACAGGUUGUUCAAAGGAUAUUAGCUGUAUGUAAAAAAGAGGCGCCUGGGCUGGCAUGAGAACUGCAGUGAGCUAGCUAGGAAUUGACAGAAGUCCUCUACCAUGGAAUAAACAAGUUUCACUAGCAACCCAAGGAGGAGUGUUGAGAACCGUUGGUCAAACAAAGGAAGAGAAUAAAAGUAGAAGGAGACCUGGAACAUGGAUAGCCAAAAUGAAUAAAGCAGCAGCAUAGUUUAUCUCAAUGUUUAAGGACCUGGGGACUUGGUUUACAUUCCACCAAUCUUUCUUGGAUCAGAUGAUACACGUCUUUGGCAAAGUACCUCCCAGCAUUUUGCAGCUUUAAUUUUGGAGAUGCGAGGAAUGGAUAGCCCUAAUGAGAACACUAGUCACUCCAUGUCUUCAUAUUCUUGUACAGCUGAGCCUCUUCGUGGGAUUGAAACUGCUCUGGUAGCCCAGAUCAUAGUGUUGCACCGCUGCUUUCAUAGUCGGCCUCCCCAAAAAAGAGAUUAAGGAUACUUGGUGAGAUACAAGAAGCCGGAAGAAAAGGGUGGCACGGUCUUCAACAGUCAAGCAUUUCAUUCAUUCAAAACACUUGAAGAAUUAUAAACUCCAGCCUUGUAAGCCACUGUUGCCUCAAAUCAGCACGGUGCUAAUGGAGGGCAUAUCAUCAAGUACAUUUGUACUGCAACUUCAUAUUUAUGUGUUUGUUAAUGUGAGCUUAGCAGAUAUCCUGAAUUAAUAAGGUGUUUUUUUAAAAACAAUGGUUGACAUUUGCAAAAAGUGCAUAAUAUGUGGUCUUUGUUUGGACUUUGUGUAACCUGAUGGUAAAAGGGAAGCUACUCAGAAUCUUGUCUUGAGCAUGAAACUUGUUUUUAUUCAAGUGACUGACACUUUAAAGAAAGAUGAGAUAGCCAGUGAUCCAAUAUGUAAUGGCUUUGGUUUAGAGUGCUGUCGUCAUUGUCAUGCAUUCUCAUCCAGGAGACAGAGAUGGAGAUGGGUUCUUUAGAACCCAUUCUAUCAACUGUGGUAUGGAAGUGAGAGCCGCCUGUAGACAACAAUGGAAAAAUGUAGGAAAACCCAGACAUAGGAGAUAGCAGCAUAGAGACCAGUUCAUGCAUUUUCUAACUGGAGUCCUAUAACAUAUAAAAAUGUGGUUUUAAAAGUGCUCAAAUAUUUUAAAUUGCAGUACAGCUACAUGCAAUUCAAUGGAGCACAAAGUUUCUGCAGGCAGGUUAGAUACUGGAGUUGGACUGGAAGUGUAGAUUAUUAUUUGUUGUUACUUCAGAGAUGUUUUGUACAGGAGAUUUUGGGCGGCAAGGUCAAAUUAGCUUCAAAUCCAUCUCUAACUUUCAGUAUUAACAAUGGAAUAGAUUGUUGAAAGCUACUCUUUCACCCACAGCACUUGUCCCAACUUGUAAUAUGGAGAUUAGGGAUUUUGGGAGAAGGAAGUUUUCAUACAAUUUUUGUGACACAUCUGUAAAACUGAUCUGCUGGUAAUUUUUAGGAUUAUUUUUACUGUUGUUUUUAAAAUCGGGCAAAUAAUAUUCAAGUUCAUACCUUUUGAUAUUAAACUUGUGUUCUUAAUUACUGUAAACACUUGGGCCACAAUAGGGCCCUACCAGUACACAAAAUUCUGGUACAGCUCUGGUGAUAGUUAAGCCUAUGAUAAGCACACUAUCUGUUCUUGAUAAUGAGGUAAAGGAUUGUGUUUGCAUUUGUUAGGCAAUUUUCAGAAUGUUUGUAAUUUCACCAAAUUUAAAGGAUAUCUCAUGAGGUGGGGAAAAGAAAAAAAAGAGAGGGGGGAGAAGGAAUUUGCCCUAUCAAGCAUCUAACCCAGCCUUUCUCAACCUUGGGUCCCUAGAUGUUGUUGGAUUACAACUCCCAUCAUUCCUAGGCAGCAUAGCCAGUGGUCAGGGAUGAUGGGAGUUGUAGUUCCAGAAAUCUGGGGACCUGAGGUUGAUAAAGGCAGCUCUAGCCACUUAUGGUCAAGAUUCUUGAACAGGAGGUUGGGACUGGGAGAUGUACCAUGGAGUUUAAAACUCCCUUCCUUUGCCAGGAUUGAAAAAGGACAUAAACGAGAAAGCAUACCCCUCCCCCCUCAAUUGUCCAGAAACCCAUCCACUUAGUAGUAAAUGCAUUCAGAUUUAGGACUGGCAGCCUGGUAGGAUCAGUUCUGCGUUAUGAAUAGUUUUGUAUGAAUAGCUGAUAACUGGGGAGGUUUUAGAGCUUGUUUGGAUUUUGUCUUAACAAGCUUUGCUUGAAAGGUGUAUGUGGGCGUUGACAGUAGCUGAAAGUUUGUGAAUAAUGAUUACACACAUGUGUGGGUGUGGAAUGUAGUCGGGUUUUGCAGCCACUGAUAAUAAUUGUCAGUGAGCAAACAGAUUCUGAAAAUAGAUAUCAUCAGAUUGAUGAAUUAUGAGAAUUAGAAUAAUCAGGGAACAGUUGAUCUAGUGUUAGGUGAUAGAAGAAUCCCACUCAGAAGUAGUUGCUCAGCAAGGGUAAGACAGAUCAACAUUGUAAGUUUAGAAAUUUAAAACUCAAGUUUUGUUCAGGGACCAGGGAUCACCACACCAGGGAUCACCAGAUUCUCCUUGGCUAAGAUGAUCAGAAACUAAAGUUCCCUUUCUGUAAGCUCCAUCCCAAGCUAUUACAUUACUGUCCUUUCUCCUUAAGAGUUUUGCCCCAGUUGCACAAUAAUUUUACUGAGAGGAACACCUGCAUGGUAAGGGCCUGACAGAGGUCCCAUACAUCUCUUGGGUUACCAGUUGGUUAUCCUAAACUUAGAUGGCAAAGGGAGAGGAAAAACAAAGAAAUCCUUCUCACUCUCUUCUUCUUUAUAUAUUGCCUUAGUUUGCAUACAAUGUAGUUAUUAAACAGUUGCUUGGUUCUAUAUGUGAACUGCUCAGUAUCUUAACUAUGGUUUGCUAACUGCCAACAAACUAUGAUCUGAAGCCAUUGUUUGCUGUUGGCUUACAAACAUUGGUUUGUUUGAACUAUGGCUUGGUGAUAUGUGUGAACUUUACUUACCCAUGGUUUGUUUGGCCAUCCUCUUCCAGAAGCUAACCAAGCUAGAGAUUAAACAGUUGCUUGGUUCUAUAUGUGAACUGCUCAGUAUGUUAACUAUGGUUUGCUAACUGCCAACAAACUACGAUCUGAAGCCAUUGUUUGCUGUUGGCUUACAAACAUUGGUUUGUUUGAACUAUGGCUUGGUGAUAUGUGUGAACUUUACUUACCCAUGGUUUGUUUGGCCAUCCUCUUCCAGAAGCUAACCAAGCUAGAGAUGCAUGAGGCAAGAGCAGCUUGAAAAUGAAUCAAACUUUGAAGAAGCAAGCCAUAGUUUGCUUGAUUGUCUAAGGGACAACUUGUGAUUAACUGCUGGUUUGUUGAACAAACUGUGACUUAGCAUUACAUGUGACCCAGGCUAAUAUCUACUAUACUAAAUGACAACAGCUUUCCAGCAUUUCAGAUAUAACAAGUCUUUGCCAGUCUUACUCUGGAGAUGCCAGAGAUUGUACCUGGGACCUUUUGCAUGCAAAUGACGUGCUCUACCAUUGAGCCACCUAUGGAUUCAGUAUUACCUUCUCUCUUCAGAAUUUCUAAAAUAUCAGGAGUUGCAAAAAAUUUUUUUUCCUGCUUCAGGGUGUCUUUUCAUUCCAUGGAUACUUCAGAAAUGUGAAACAUGGGCUUAAUAUUUGUCCUUGCAGUAAAAAUUUAUAGCUGACAAGUUGCAUGGCAAGAGGAACAUGUCAUAUCUUGUACAGGAUAUUGCUUUCCCCUAAAUCAAUUCAUACGCUGUGCUCUGCUGCAGCAGACUUUCAGGAUACUAGUGUGCUAUAUCUGUGACUAACACUUACCUGAUUUUUGCUUAAUAAAUUUUCCCUUGAAUGCUGUGUGUUGGUUUACUUUGUAAGGGGGGUGGGACAGUGUGAAAUGAUAAGCAAUAUAAGUGUUGACAGAAGAGGAUAUUCUAGGCAAGUUUUCAUUCUGCCAAAUUAUAUAAGUUACUAGCCAUUUUGAAAGUGUCUUUAAUAUUAUAAUGUAUACCAAGUUACCACCCUGUGUAAGUAUGGGAUGUAAACAGUGAAAUUCUCCUUUGUACAGGCGUAAGUGAAAUUUUAGAAAUUAGCUGAAGAUAUUGAUGGCAAGUGGGAUAGAGCUUCAAGGCUAUUUCCCACUUAAUAGCAUAAAUUGCCACUUUGGCUGUACCUGAAGAGGCCCAGUAGAAUCACAUUAAGGUGGAAACUGAAUUACAUGCCAUUGAUACUAACUCUUGCUACUUCUUUGCUUGUAAUAGCAAAAACCCGUGCUGCCGACUUACUGGUGAAUCCGCUGGAUCCAAGAAAUGCAGAUAAAAUUAGAGUUAAAAUUGCUGACCUGGGCAAUGCUUGCUGGGUGGUAAGUAUAACUUAUUUUGUGUGUCUUAAGACUUUGCUCUUUGGUCUACCACCUACAUGCUAAUGUUUUCUUACCACUGCUGUCUUUUCUGUUCUUAGCAUAAACACUUCACAGAAGAUAUCCAGACACGGCAGUACAGAUCAAUAGAGGUUUUAAUAGGAGCAGGUUACAGCACACCGGCUGAUAUCUGGAGUACGGCAUGCAUGGUAAGAAAGAGAUUGCAGUGCCUCAUUGCUAUGCUGCUCAUUUGAAAAUACAGCGAGAGUAUUAGGAUUUCUGAGCAAGUUGUUAAAUGGAAAAAGACACGAUGGUAAUAGCUCAAGUGAUCAUAAUUGUGAAUUGCUGACUGGUUAUGCUCUGAAGCAUUGGCCUGGAUCUAAAGAGCUACUUAAGGUGUGCCCAGCUGAAUAUUUCAAAUGUCUGCUGUGCAGCGGAUUCCCCUGCCCACAUUACAAAUGACAUUUGAAACCCCUCUUCCGUUUUUGCUUGGUUUAUGCUGAAAAGUGUCAAGUCCGCAGGUAUAAAUAAUUACAUUGGCUUGGCUUGCAGUGCAAUAGCUUUAUAUUGGAGUGUAAGCUUAUAUUUUCAAAGCUAAAUGUAUAAAUUAAACUGCAAUUUGUUUGGUUCAGAAUGAUGCAUAAAUUGUAUUUCAUGUAUUGUUCUGUUCCCAGUGAUUUCAGUGUCACCUAUAACAAAUGUAGGGUUGCAGCUAAAAUUAUGUAAGUGGAUUUGUUACCAUAUCUGUGUUUCCCAAAUGUAAUGUCUGGUAGGCAAAUAACUACAGUUGUGCUAAGUUAGGCUGGACAGAUCUAGGAGUAGACUUAAGGCCUUCCAUUUAUGUUAGGCCUUACCUGCAUAAAUUUUGUUUCUUAUUCACAAGUGGCUGUUGAAUUUAUUUCGUCUUCUUGCAUGGGAUCCAACAAUCUAUGUAAAUAUGCAGUGAGAAAUGCAAAGGGACAAACUCUUGUGCCCACCAUCUGCUGCAGAACAAAAAGAUGUGUUGUGAGUUGGACAUAGGGCAGGUAUAGACACAAUGGCUAACCUUUGCUCACGGAGUGGAAUCAGGCUACAGUCUCCCUCUCUUCUGAAGUGUGCUGCGUCACUGUGAAGAGACCUGAUGCUCUGAAAGCUUCUCUUUUGACAGGGUUCUUCACAAUAGCUGAAGAGUCAGCACAUCAGUCCGCAGACUCUCAAGCUCUUCUGUUUACCAGUGCUGCCCUGUGCUGUGAUAUGGAUGCCAAUUUUUGUGCAAAGUCGGAGCCAUGUUAUCCAUAUAGCACACUAGAUUUUUGUGAAUGGUUGUGUUGCCAUUGAAAAUGCCUAGAUGGAGAUUUGUGGCAAGCAUUGCUUAGUCUCUCCUAGUUCAUUUCUCACCCUCUUAAGAAGGAACAUGGUUUACCUGAACGGGCCCUGGUUACAAAAACCUGUUCGGUAACUGGGAAUGCGCGUAAUAUUGGUUUGUCAUGAUAUAUGUGCAGACUUGGAUCUCUUCUGCUGUUUCUACUCCGUACAUGUGGUAUGCGCCUUGUGGAUGUUACUGAGAGCCCCUGUCUGCUUAGUGGUCAAAGCAGAGGCCAUCGAUCUCUCCCCACCCUGUGGGGGAGGAAUAUAAUGGCAACCGCUGCGACAAAAAAGCAGAACUGGGCUGAAUGUGUCAGAAACUACACUGUCAUUGACUAAGUCCCCGUUAUUUUAUGAAACUGUGUUUUGCUCAUAUGAAAGAAGGGGAAAGAGGUGAUUCCCUGGGGAAAGGACUGCACAGUCCUGUGAGGUAUGUCAUUACACCAGCUGGAAAUCCAUGAUGUAUAGGAAUUCGCCACAUCUGCCAGUAGUUUGCCUGUGCCACUGCUGGGAAUGGGAAUGAGAACUGUGAUUCCAUUACUUGUUUUUAUUCAGACUCCUUGUGCUGAAGCCAGGGCAAAUCGCAGCUCCACCCUCAGACUCUCGUUGGUGCAUUAAUGUAUUCAUUGGCCAUUGAGAGAGAAGAUAACGUACAUAGCUAUUUUUGCUGUUACAUUUGUGCAUCUGCCUUGGCUCAUAAAUAAUUUUUCAGAUAAUUGAAUGAUAACUUAAAUAAGCUAACACCACCACCCACGUAGGGUCUGUUUGUUUAUUUUUAAGUUACAAACAAAACACAGUUUAGGCAUGCACCAGUAAAGAAGAUACUAAAUUGUGUGGUUCAGUUCCAGUCUGCCAACGGGAUGACCACACAAAGGGAGAACGCUGUUGAAUAGUGAAUUCGUGUCUCUAUCUUGUUUUUAUGUCCCCAAUACUUUGCAUAGCCCUUGCUUCACAGUAACUGCACAGAGCCCAUGUGUCUCAGUGGCUGUGCUCAGGACGAUGUUGACCCCGAGACUUCUGGAGGUUUCUGGUAUUUUAAUAAAUGAAGAGAAGGAAUGCUUAAUUGUAACCUAAUGAAAAUGGUUGCUCUAGUUGCUGUUGUUAUUUUCUUUUAAGGUGGUUUAAGUGUGCUUCUUUCUCUCAUAGACUCAUAGAAUUGUAAGUUCCUCCCAAGAAACUGUAGGAACUUUAAGGGGGCUAAAGGUUUGUGGCAGAGGAAUCUCAUAACUUCCACAAAAUAGCAAUUUUUGUUUGGUUCCUUGAUACUAAUAUUAUUACUAUUAUUUGUUAAUUUAUGUACCACCCUUCAUCCAAGGAUCACAGGGAGGUUUACAAUAUAAAAACACAAAAAUACAUAACCUAGCGUAGCAACAAACAAAAUAAUACCCCCUCAAACACAGUUUAAAAGGACGCAGAUUGUUUAAUUAGCAAAAGGUCUGGGAGAAGAGAAUGGUUUUUGUCUGGUAUCUAAAGAUAUGUAACGAAGGAGCCAGGCAAGCUUUCUUGGAGAGAGCAUUCCACAAACGGAGCCACCGCAGAAAAGGCCGUUUUUGUGUUGCCACCCUCCAGACAUUUUGAGGGGGCACAUGAAUAAGGGCCUCAGAUGAUGAUCGCAGGGUCCAGGACGGUUCACAUAGAGAGAGGUAUCCUUGAGUUAUUGUGGUCCUGAGCCAUUUAAGACUUUUCAGGUCAAAACCAGGACUUUGAAUUGUGGCCGGAAACUGAUUGGCAGCCAGUGCAGUCAGGCAGGAUUGGUGUUAUAUGCUCAAACUGCCUUGCCCCAGUGAGCAUUACGCAGUUAAGAGUGUUGUGUAAAUAUAGUCUUAGCCUGCAAAGUGUUUUCCAGACUCUGUUGUUUUAGUAUUGGUUUUGUUCUUUUGCUAUACAGAGACAAUGGGCAUGAGUGAAUGAGUGUGUGAGUGUGUGAGGGCGUGUGUGUCUUAGGGAGAGCUUUGCAUCACUUAAAAGUACAGAGUGGCUGUUAUGUCCAUAUUUCCAUUCUAAUGCAAGGGAUACUCCCAGAAGGAGAUUACAAUAUAGCAAGAUACUUGCUUUUCAAAGGGAAUUCCCCCUCUCCCUGUUCUGUGCAUUUAAAAUCAUUAUCACCUGUAGAAAUAAGUCUGAGGCUGUCUCACCUGGAUCUCCCAUCAAUAUCUUGUUUUAUCGUAGGCAUUUGAGCUCGCGACUGGCGAUUAUCUGUUUGAACCGCAUUCUGGUGAAGACUAUUCCAGAGACGAGGGUAUGUAUCUUUUUAACGUCUAUGUAUUUCCCUGCACCUCUUUAUAGACGCAGAAGAACAUAAAGAGGCCUUCGUUUAUUUGCUCAAGUAGUCUACUGACAGAAAUGUUCUCAUUUCGGAAUAUAAACACCACAUUUUUUCUCUUUAGUUUAAAGUCCCGCCAGUAGCAGUAGGUGGGCAGUCUCCCCGCAGCAGACACAGCCCCUUUCCCUAAGCCUUGGAAGAAAGGAUUAAUCUCUUGUAAGAUCUGCAUCUGAGUGUGGGACUUUUGAAACACGAUUGCAGCAUUUUGGAAACAAAACUGACGCGUAUCUGUUUGUGAAAGCUGAUUACUAAAUGAAAAGCAAGGCAGCAGCUACAAUUAACUCCGGCUUCCAUCUGUGUACCUGUCCAUUUUCCACGCUUGUUUGCUUGUAACGUCCUUUGCAGCAGUAACAACACUGGCAUCAGUUACUUGGUUUUCCUUUCAAAGUGCUACGAGCGAUGCCAGUCUUUUGCUGGCCGUGAAACCUCCGCAUGGGUUUUCUGCAAACAUUGUUGUGUUCGGAACUUUUUUUGGAAUUUUUAACUAAUUCCAGUUUCUUUCCUCCUCUUUUUACCCCAUCCUCCCCCUUGCCCUUCCCAUUCCUGUGCCCUUUCUUCUCUCCUUCAUAGACCACAUAGCACACAUCAUAGAGCUGCUAGGCAAUAUCCCAAGGCACUUUGCUCUUUCUGGAAAAUAUUCUCGGGAAUUCUUCAAUCGCAGAGGUAGUACCUCUUCUUUUUGAAAGGUGCCGUGAUGCAGACAGAAGUGGACGGGCAGUUGCUCAGUGUAGCCUGUACAGCUGACAUACACUUUGCAAGAUGACACUGCAAACAAUUUCUAUUUGCAAAACAAAUGCUGGAAAAAAGCAGCAGCAUUGACAAAUUGUUUGUUUCACUUUGCGAAAAACAAACAGUGCAGUCACCUUGUAAUUUAUUUCUUUUGGCAAAACGAACUUUUCCCCUAAAUUGUCUUACAAGGGAAUAGCUUUCACCCUCACACCGAAUAGCAUUUCUGCUUUCUUUCAGCAAGGACUUAUCUGUUUCUGUCUGUGCCGGGCCAGUAUUGGUGUGUGCAUGCAAUGUAUUGAUUAAACUGUUGUAUGUUUCUGUUUUGCUGGAAAUGUUCUCCAAUGCAGAUCACAUAGCAUUGAUCAUUGAACUGCUGGGGAAAAUCCCUCGAAAAUACGCUAUGUUGGGGAAAUAUUCCAAGGAGUUUUUCACCAAAAAAGGUAACAGUAUUUCUGCAACCCUAAUUUAAACUGUUGCUCUUUUCAAAGAAGACACUGAACACUUUUUAAUGGGUAAUGAAGAGUCUGGCUCCUUUUAAACAUCAUGUUAAAGAAGAUGUGUAAAUGUUCUCCAUUUUUUAAGAAGAGCAGGGAAUUCAGAUUUAUUUAUUUUAUCAGGUGUGUUUAAUAUCCAAAAUAUUGGGCUUAUAUAUCUGCUUAGUAUUCCAUUUAUUCUAUCUGAAAUCAAUAAAGGAAAGAAUUUAGUUUCCUAGCAUCACUGAAACAAAAAGAAAACAUAUUUAAGAUGCCCUGUUGCCUUCUUACCUUGAAUACUUGAAUAGCUGUAACAAGUCAAAAUAAUAAUAAAUAAAUUGUUCAAGCUCUAACCACAAAAGAUAUAUAUUCUGCUCAUAUCCUGAAAAUACUGUAUCUAGAAAUGAUAUAACCAUUUGAGAAGUCCGUGCCCAAAGCGCUGUUGCUUUUCCACAAGAACAACAAGUAUUUUGACAUCUUUUGCGUUUUAUGUUGUCAUUUGGAUGCUUUUGGUUUUAGAGGUUCUGAUGCCCAGGAGGUACAAAAGUCAGUAGAGGAAGUUUAGCAGAGGAGAGUCAAAAGUUCAGCCUAGGAAUUUGGCAAUUAAAUACAACUAGCCAGGACCCUAUCUCUGUUUGAUAGGAUGGGAGAGGGAAGUAAAAAUACUUCAAAAGCCUUUUCUCAAAAAUUGUUCAACUCAGAUUUUAAGUAAAAUCAUAGUUGUUUGCUGUGACAAAAUACCGUUACAGAAACGCAUAGGCCUUUGAAGGAUACCCAUGCAUGGCCCUGAGCUGAAUUAGCUGUUCUCAGGUCCUCCACAUCUGUGUUGUGUAGGUGUCCUACAUAAAAUCAGAUUACAUAGGACAUGUGAAGAAUGAAUAAUUUCAGGGAAUUAAUGUUUUUAUUAUCAAACUGUAGUGCUUCUUAUAUUUCUUUCUGGCAGUUCUUUGAACAAUAAAAGGCAAUCUUUGGCACAGUCCACUGGGAACUUGUACAUUAUAUAAUGAUAAAGCGCAUAGAUGUGCUUUGCAUAUAUUGCUUUGCUCUAGAAUUCAGCUGUGUGGAAGGUGGUUGUUGCAUAGUGAAAACUAGAGGUGUAAGAAUUCAUGUGGUAAACGUUCAAACGGGUGCUCAGUUAGGCCAGCAGGCAGUGCCUGAUUUGAUUCUGAGAACAUAAGGGGCAAGGGGAGGCCUGGAUGUAGUUCUCGCUUCAAACCGGCAUCAGCACUAUCAGAUAAGGUAAAAAAAAAAUUAAAGGACCCCUGGAUGGUUAAGUCCAGUCAAAGGUGACUAUGGGGUAGGGCACUCACCUUGCUUCAGGCCGAGGGAGCUGGCAUUUGUCCACAGACAGCUUUCUGGGUCAUGUGGCCAGCAGGACUAAACCGCUUCUGGUGCAAUGGGACACCAUUUUGAGUGCCAGAGCGCACGGAAACUCCUGUUUACCUUCCUGCCGCAGUGGUACCUAUUUAUCUACUUGCACUGGUGUGCUUUCAAACUGCUAGGUUGGCAGAAGCUGGGACAGAGCAACGGGAGCUCAGCCCGUCAUGCAGAUUUGAACCUCCGACCUGCUGAUCAGCAAGCCCAAGAGGCUCAGUGGUUUAGACCACAGCGCCACACUCUGUUAAGUGUGUUGAAGCAGAUUAUAUUGUUGUAAUCCUUAAAACAUUCUUCUUGCAAAGCAAAUCAGUAUGAUUAUCUCAAUAUUGUUGAUGUGGGGGGAAAUGAGAUCUAUCGAGUUCAUGGCAAGGCAAGGCUUUUAGUUUGGGGCUUCCUCAUUUGUAGUUUUAUCACUUAGCCACUGUGCGGGGCUAACGCUUCUGAUGAACACCCCCCCUUUCCUGUCUUCAACAGUGUGUUUCCUCUCUCUCAGUUACACUGCAUUCUGCAGUGACAUGGCGGAUGAGAGGGGUGGUUGAGAGGAGAGGUUGUGAAGCCUGUGCAAGGUCAUGCGCCAUACAUAGAGAUCAAAAUUCAAAUGUCCUUCUGGGCAUACCGUACCUCGAGAAUAAGCUCUGCUGAAACAGUAAGAGCUGUUCGACAGUGGAAUUUGCUUCCAAGGAGUGUGGUGGAGUCUCCUUCUUUGGAGGUCUUUAAGCAGAGGCUUGACAACCAUAUGUCAGGAGUGCUCUGACGGUGUUUCCUGCUUGGCAGGGGGUUGGACUCGAUGGCCCUUGUGGUCUCUUCCAGCUCUGUGAUUCUAUGAUUCUGAAAUGAAUCCGUUUUAUGAACAGAGCUGUUUCAGCUUUGAACCAAGCAUUUCAUGAGUUUCAUGGGUAGCUCAGAGAAAUUUGAACCAAGAAAGAGGGUGGAAAAACAGGUGAACCACAACCAAGAGUAUUCUUUGUUACUUAGGUAAAUGGGACCUUCAUUUUCUCCAGAGAAAAGUAGAAGAAUGAAAGAGAUGUAGUUUUCUUGAAACAAGUUGAAGGCAGAAACCUGGUUGCAUGUUGCCCCCUUGUGGCUUUUACCUUUUCAGCAAACUAAAUUUCUUGAAUGCUUUUCGAUAUAGCUUAUUGCGUAAUUGAAACAUGCUAUAUACAAUGACGCAUUGCCAAGAUUGCCGAGUUCCCUUGUAUAAUUGUACCCGGAGGGAUGUAUACCCAAAGGUUGUCCUCUUCGUUACACUUCCUUAACCUGUUGUCAAAGAAGAGAUGAGCAACAAUACAAUACUGUCUUUUCAAGGGCCUUGAUUUGCCCCUGCCACCUAAGGAAUGGUGCUUGGCUCCCUUUAACCUUGUCCCGUCCUUUGUUAAGGUUUCACACCAGUGGUGAAUCCUUCCCUGUAAUGGAGUCCUGAGAUGCAGCCAGGUGGGCGGGGUAUAAAUAAUAAUAAUAAUAAUAAUAAUAAUAAUAAUAAUAAUAUGUUUUAUGACACUGGUAUUUCCUACCAAAUCUUACUUGUUAGCUUAAUAAAAUGAGUUAAUGUUACAUUAAUAAUAAUAAUAAUAUAAAGAAAAAUCUAUUUUGAAGACCAUGCACUUACUCAUUCAAAUGCUCUAACCCAGAGCGCAUCCUGUUGCCUCCUUGGCUCUUCCACUGCAGUCCUCUGCUGUGUUUAUAUUAGUGAUUCAGCCUCUACCCCACCACCAAUCCGAAACAAUCUAGUUUUUCACUUCUUCAGCUGCUUUAGUUAAAUAGCACACAGUAGUGAGCAUUGGUACCCAGGGCUGACUUGAACCAGUUUGCGGCAGCCACUUCCAGUCCCUUUCUUCAGAUUCAGCCUCUUUCCCUUCCUUGAUCAAGUUUCCUACUUCACACCUUGAUAGGUUGACUACUAACUGAGUAAAAAGGUUUGCUAAAGAAUUCUGACGGCAUAAGACAAGUUUGUUAUACAGUACAGACAAAUGUGAUUAGUCUACCAGUUUAUAUAUACCUGGAGUGGGGUGUAUGUGUAGAGGGGAGAGGUCAACUCUAAGACAUGCUCAGUGCCUGCAGAAAUCAUUUCAAUUCGAAACAAAACAUUUCAAAUUAGUUUGAUAUUGUUGAUAUCUUUGAUUGUUGAUUAAACAGAAUCCUACAUACAUAAACUGGAAGAAAUACACAGAAUACACAGGACCUUACCAAAUUAUUGACUGACAAUACGUGUGCUGUUGUUACUUGUUUCCUUGUCUUUCAAGACAUUGCUUCCUUAUCGUUCACAUAGCAAUAUUUUGUGUCUGGUAGAUCAGAUUCCCUUUCCAUCCAGCUGUUGCGUAUUCUACUUGGUGGAAUGUGAGUUCCAGGGGAAUUUUGUCAGUGCCUGUGACAUCACUAGAGACAAGUAACUUCUCGGAAGUUUUCAUUGUAAUUAAUUCUUUAGAAGCUCGGCGCCUUAGCACUUUGCCACACAAGAACACCUCCACCCGCCAUUUCGGAAAAGUUGCAAACUCAGCUACGCUCCCCCAGCUCUGGUCUAAAGGCCCUUUGAUUUUGUGCAUCUUUUUGCUUUUAGAUUUUUAUGCUUUAUGCUCCUCCUCUCCACUGCUACAAGGCACACAUUCUCUGGUUGGUUUCUUUGUUUUUGAAAGCACCGUGGAAAGGUAUAACACACUCUCUCUGCACGCAGCUGUUCCUCCAACUUGCUAAUGACUUUCUAUGUUACCUACUGCAGGACCCCCUUUGGCCUGCCAGGGUGUCCAUUUCGGCCCACGAGGCCAUUUCCCCAAACCAUAGGAGCCUGUCAAUCAGCUGAUGUUCUCCAGUGCCUGAUCUUUUGGAAGUCUAUAGCUUACACCUGGAUCAGGCAAUUUCUGACUCUAGGCCUAAUUUCAAAAGUUCUCUUCAAACAAUAGAAUAAUCCAGGCUUCCUCAGCCUCAGCCCUCCAGAUGUUUCUGGCCUACAACUCCCAUGAGCCCUAGCUAGCAGGACCAGUGAUCAGGGAUGAUGGGUAUUGUAGUCUCAAAACAUCUGGAGGGCCGAGGUUGAGGAAGCCUGGAAUAAUAGAAUUGUAGGGUCAUUUAGUCCAACCCCCGUAAGCCAUACACUCAAUAAGAUGAGUCUUCUGGCAAGAGCGAUCUGUCCUUUCCCCAGCAGCCCACUUGGCAGGCAGGAAGAGUGGGAGAGACAAAAGAGGGCUGGUCCCACACAGUCAUGGAUCCUAGCCCGCCCAUUACUGGCUUUGGUCCUGCCCCAAUGCAGAUUUCACAAAAUGGCCUUGAGGAAAUGCAGUCCUCAACAGAAGAAAAAGAACGUCCUCGCAUGUUCCCAGGUUUGGGUAAAAAAAAUCCGUUCAAAGGUGUGUAUGUAUCAAAUAUGUUUUUGAUCAAACGUUACCUAACUUGAUUAAUUGUAUAUAGGAUGGUCCCAACACCCCAAAUGAAUGAACAUAUGUGCAAAAGCCUCUUUAUUGUUGUUGCCUACUGAAUAAAAUUUCCAUGGCCAGGCUAAAUCUUCCUGGAUGUGCUUCCUGAGAAUCGAGACUAGUUAUCAGCAGAUCUAAUUAUUUUUCUUCCUUUCCCUCCCUACCUCUUUUUUAAAAAAAAUAAAAAUACAGGAGAACUUCGACACAUUACCAAACUGAAACCUUGGAGCCUCUUCGAUGUUCUCGUGGAGAAGUACGGCUGGCCUCAGGAAGAUGCUGCGGAGUUUACAGAUUUUCUGGUUCCUAUGCUAGAAAUGGUUCCAGAGAAGAGAGCCUCGGCUGGCGAAUGCCUUAGGCACCCUUGGUUGAAUUCGUAG